AUGCCUUGGAAGCGGGGGCUCCGGUUCCUGGGGAGCUGCUCUGCGGGGAGGGUCGCCCCUGAGGGGGCCAGGCUGGCACGACCCUCCUCCGGGACCCACAGCUCCGAGGGGAGACCUGACAGCUGCAGGAAGAGGAGGGUGAGUCAGUGGGGGGGGGGGUGUGGAAGUGGUGUGUGUGUGUGGAGAGUCUUGGGCUGGGGCUCUGGGCACCAACCCACACGUCAGAAGGACCCUGCUGGGUCAGGGUCAAGGGUCCAGCACCCAGUGCUCAUUCAUAAGUGUGCAACAAGUCUCACAAGUGUGCAAUGCCCUUGUGAGCAUGAAACUGCACACCGGCCUCUAUGAUUGCGCUGAUCCCCGCAGGGCAGAGGCCUCUGUGCGGCUGCUUUUAUUUAAUAUGUUGCAUCUGCAGCCCUCCUUCGUUCCUCCAGUGGUCCUUCUCCCUACCCCUUUAUUUAAUCCCCACGACAACCACAACCCUGCGAGGUGAGUUAGGCUCAGAAAAGGCAGCAGCUGUCCCCCAAGAUCCAAAGUGGGAAUUCGAACCCCAGCCUCUCCCAGUCUGACACUUUAACCACUAUGCCAUUACUGCCUCCCUGCUGGAAGAGGGUCAUGGAUGCUGACUCUGCCCAAAGGUGGCUGGAGAGCAGGGCUGAAAUGGCCUUUGAAACACCUGCCCUUAACUCCUGGCUUCAGGGAUGAAAAUCAGCUCCAAGAGACGGACCCAACCGGUUAAGCAUGUUGACGCCUGCAGCCAAAAUAGAAAUCGCUUGCCACUUAAAUAGCAGGCAAUGUGUUGUGUGCUCUUCUCUACACAACCUAGGGAGGUCACUACUAUGGGGAAGUGAGGGGUUUGGAGGAGGAUGCUCUUAUUAUUGUGUAUUUAAUUUGUAUACCGUCCUUCAUCCAUAGAUGUGUCCACAUGGCACAAGUCCAAUCCGCUUCCUGUAAAGGUAAAGGGACCCCUGACCAUUAGGUCCAGUCAUGGCAGACUCUGGAGUUGCCGCGCUCAUCUCGCUUUACUGGCUGAGGGAGCCGGCAUACAGCUUCCGGGUCAUGUGGCCAGCAUGACUAAGCCGCUUCUGGUGAACCAGAGCAGCGCACGGAAACGCAGUUUACCUUCCCGCUGGAGCGGUACCUGUUUAUCUACUUGCACUUGGACGUGCUUUUGAACUGCUAGGUUGGCAGGAGCAGGGACCGAGCAACAGGAGCUCAACCCGUUGUGGGGAUUCGAACCGCCGACCUUCUGAUCGGCAAGUCCUAGGCUCUGUGGUUUAACCCAUGGCGCCACCUGCGUCCCAAUCCGCCUCCUGGUGAACACACAAAAGGCACUCUGCCUUGUGGAGCCCAGGAUGUCCACCUCCACUGGGAACUCCUGUCCCAAUAUUAUAUAUUUUUAUAGAUAGAUAGAUACAUGUCUAGCACACAGGCAGGCUCAGUUUUCCCUGCUGGGUAAUGGCCUUGAAAGCUCAAAAAGCAGAAAACGAGGUCACCUUUUCCCUGGAUGUUCAACUGCUCCAUUACUUGACGUCUGCAAUUUCCAUUCUGGGGGGGGGGGGGCAUGUGGCACAUGUGUGACUCCCUGCCCCAUGCAGGCUGGUUUAGCCUUCCAUUGAUAAUAAUAAUAAUAAUAAUUUAUUAUUUGUACCCCGCCCAUCUGGCUGGAUUUCCCCAGCCACUCUGGGUGGCUUCCAACAAAGAUUAAAAAUACAUAAAAAUGUCACACAUUAAAAACUUCCCUGAACAGGGCUGCCUGCCUUCAGAUGUCUUUUAAAAGUAUGGUAGUUGUUGUUCUCUUUGACAUCUGGUGGGAGGGCGUUCCACAGAGCGGGUGCCACUACCGAGAAGGCUCUCUGCCUGGUUCCCUGUAGCUUUGCUUCUCUCAGGGAGGGAACUGCCAGAAGGCCCUUGGCACUGGACCUCAGUGUCCGGGCUGGACGAUGGGGGUGGAGAUGCUCCUUCAGGUAUACAGCACUGAGGCCGUUUAGGGCUUUAAAGGUCAGUACCAACACUUUGAAUUGUGCUCGCAAACGUACUGGGAGCCAAUGUAGGUCUUUCAAGUCAGGUGUUAUGUGGUCUCGGCGGCCGCUCCCAGUCACCAGUCUAGCUGCCGCAUUCUGGAUUAGUUGCAGUUUCCGGGUCACCUUCAAAGGUAGCCCCACGUAGAGCGCAUUGCAGUAGUCAAAGCGAGAGAUAACCAGAGAUGCACCACUCUGGCGAGACAGUCUGCGGGCAGGGAGGGACAGCUGCCCUGGACACAGAAUUGACCUGUGCUUUGCCCUCCUCUGCCCCCUCAAUAUUGGGGGGCUGGCGCUAAGCGCCCUGCUAAGGAAUAUUGAGGGGGCUAAUGAAACCUCUGUCCCUGAGAGUUGGCGCACCUGAUCCCAGCGCUUUAGAAGAAAUUGGGUUUUGGCGGCUGAGAGUUCUGUGUCCUGGACCCGGCAGGAAACCGCAAUCUGCUUUCUGCUUUUAGCAGGAAACCGUGGCGCUCCCAGCAUCUCCUUGGGAGGAGCAGGAAAACCUGCCUUGCCCAGGAAGGUGGUUCCUGCAGGGGGCAAACUCUUGUCACACCGCAAGCGCCACAGGAUGGGCUGCCGAUCGUUCCGGUGACCAGCCGCUUCCCAUGCCCACAGGGGCACCCGGGCUUUGGGGAGUCUCCAGCUCUGGUCACCGCCGUCUGAUUCAUCAGAGUGCGCCGCUUCGAGGUCUCACGGUGGAGGACAUCCAGAAGGCGAGGGAAUCUCGUCCGAGGAAAGACCAGGAGAGUCUGGGCAAAAUGAGGCAGAAGGUAAGGCCUGGGGGGAGGGGGUGGAUUGAACCCUGAGCCCGCCAGAAUCCAGCAGGGAUGCAAUGUUUGGCACAAUGCUUAAGGCAGAAGUUUCCAAACGUUCCCUGUUUGUGACACACUUUUUCGUUUCGCAACACACCCACACGCUGCAGCCGACAAGCAAGUGUGUUGCGGCACACAGUUUGGAAAGCUCUGGGUUAAGGUGUAUGCACAGGUAAUGCUGCUAAUUGCCUCUAUCGGCUGGGGAAAUAGUUCAGAUCGCAACUGUAGAAACUUUAUGCUUAAGAUCAUAAAAAUAAGCUGGUUGGACGCGCCAAGGUGGACCCAUCUUGCCUUAACGUUCUGUUCCCAGAUGUUUCUGGAGCGCUCACAAGAGGGGGUGAGUCUUCCUUGUCCCCCAACAUCUGGCUGGCUUAACUUUUCUGCUGUCUGCUUUGUUCCUCAGCUCAGCGAGAGAGCCCGCGAGCGGAAAGUACCAGUGACCCGUGUUGGACGCCUUGCGAAUUUUGGAGGUGAGAUCCUCCAGGCGGCAGCAUUCGCAGUUGAGGAUUUGUUGCAUCACAGAGAAUGCCAGGGUGAUGCAACUGGAUUUUGCCAUUCGUUUGCAUGCUUUGCUGCCAUUGGUUUGGCUGCUGUGAUGUCACGGAAUGUUUAGACACACGCCAGUUGCUCAGAGGAAAGGGCCAGUCGUGGAACGUUGUAAACGGCUGCAGGAGCGUGGAUGUUGAAUGCACAUCUACAAAAACUAACCUGGACAGGUCCUUGAAUUGUAGCAAGUUCCCCCCUGAAAAAGAAGUAUUAAACUAUCACAAUAAAUCUUGUCAUUUGGGAAUUGGAGAGGGCUGAGAAUGAAUGGCUUGAAAUGAAUAUUCCACUCACAAAAUUACAAUCCUAAGCAUUUCAUGAGAACGAUCCUAAUGUAAUUUAUGUUUGCAGAUUAGACCUUCCUAUGGGUACCACAUUGGUGGGGAGGGGCAUCUGGAGCUGGUGGUGGGAGAGACUGGGCUGAGGGGGGAGACUGGACUCAUUUUAUUCCCUGCCCCCCCCAUCUGCCAUUCAUACAAUCCUUUCUCCCUUCCAGGUCUGGCUGUGGGCUUGGGCUUUGGAGCCUUGGUGGAAGUGGCGAGGAACUCCCUUAACGGGGAGCAAAAAAUCAAGGGUAAGGAAGGUGCAAGAGAAGGGCCUGCCCUGUGCACUCAUGAUCUCUUGCACAUGUGUGUGCGAGGCCACAAGGGGCUGCUUUUAAGGAGUUGGAGGGCCGGUGUGCGUGGCUGGGGCUGGCCUUGCCUCAAAAAGUGGCUGGACUCUUCUGCUCUCAAGAGAAGAGGAUGCGAGACCAGCUGGGCCCCCUUUGGCCUGACCCAGCAGGAUAAUAAUAAUAUUAAUAAUAAUACAGCAUUCGUACCUCGGGUUACAUACGCUUCAGGUUACAUACGCUUCAGGGCUGAGUUUCCCCAGCCACUCUGGGUUGCUCCCAAUCGAGUGUUAAAAACAAUACAGCAUUAAAUAUUAAAAACUUCCCUCAACAGGGCUGCCUUCAGAUGUCUUUUAAAGAUAGGAUAGCUGCUUAUUUCCUUCACAUCUGAAGGGAGGGCGUUCCACAGGGCGGGCGCCACCACCGAGAAGGCCCUCUGCCUGGUUCCUCACUUCUUGCAAUGAGGGAACCGCCAGAAGGCUCUCGGAGCUGGACCUCUGUCUGGGCUGAACGAUGGGGGUGGAGAUGUUCAUAUUCUGCUCCCAUGAGAGACCUGCUACCCCAGGCGCAAGCGAAUCUUUCUUCCCUCCCCCUCUGCAGACGCAAGCUUCCUGCUGGACUCCAACCCCUUCCUGUCGGAAGCAAACGCUGAGCGGAUAGUGGAUACCCUCUGCAAGAUGCGUGGGGCUGCCCUCAAGAUUGGCCAGAUGUUGAGCAUUCAAGGUAUUGGGAGGAGAAUGGGGUGUUCCCAUUUCCUUCCUGCAUCUUCCCGUGGGGGGAUGCUCAGAAUCGAUGGGAGGGUUGGUGGGACUGCUGGCUGGUUGGCAAAGAGGUCCGCCCCCGCAAGCCUGGAACGUUAUAAAAUAAUAAUACAGUGGUACCUCGGGUUACAUACGCUUCAGGUUACAUAUGCUUCAGGUUACAGACUCCGCUAACCCAGAAAUAGUGCUUCAGGUUAAGAACUUUGCUUCAGGAUGAGAACAGAAAUCGUGCUCCGGCGGCACAGCAGCAGCAGGAGGCCUCAUUAGUUAAAGUGGUGCUUCAGGUUAAGAACAGUUUCAGGUUAAGAAAGGACCUCCAGAACGAAUUAAGUACUUAACCCGAGGUACCACUGUAAUAGUUUAUUAUUUAUACCCCCCUCAUCUGGGUAGGUUUCCCCAGCCACUCUGGGCUGCUCCCAGCAGAAUACUAAAAACAGAAUAAAACUUCCCUAAACAGGGCUGCCUUCUGAUAUCUUCUAAAAGUCAGAUAGUUGUUUAUUUCCCUGACAUCUGGUGGGAGGGCAUUCCACAGGGUGAGUGCCACUACCGAGAAGGCCCUCUGCUUGGUUCCAUGUAACCUCACUUCUCACAGUGAGGGAGCCACCAGAAGGCCCUUGGAGCUGGACCUCAGUGUCUGGGCAGAACGAUGGAGGUGGAGAUGCUCCUUCAGGUAUACUGGACCGAGGCCGUUUAGGGCUUUCAAGGUCAGCACCAACACUAUGAAUUGUGCUUGGAAACAUACUGGGAGCCAGUGUAGGUCUUUCAAGACCAGUGUUAUGUGGUCUUGGCGGCCGCCCCCAGUCACCAGUCUAGCUGCUGCAUUCUGGAUUAGUUGCAGUUUCCGGGUCACCUUCAAAGGUAGCCCCAUGUAGAGCGCAUGGCAGUAGUCCAAGCGGGAGAUAACUAGAGCAUGCACCACUCUGGCGAGACAGUCUGUGGGCAGGGAGGGUCUCAUCCUGCGUACCAGAUGAGAUGAAGCUGAUAGACAGCUGCCCUGGACACAGAAUUGACCUGCGCCUCCAUGGACAGCUGUGAGUCCAAAAUGACUCCCAGGCUGCACACCUGGUCCUUCAGGGGCACAGUUGCCCCAUUCAGGACCAGGGAGUCCUCCACACCCAUCAAAGGACUGCCCUCCCGAGCCAAAACCAAAGAGCCUCUCCAGGCCAGCAGGGUGGGUUGCAGCACUGCAAACGAUAUUUAAAAAACAGUUUCUUUGGGACGCCCACUUCUCCCCGCAGACAACAGCUUCAUCAGCCCCCAGCUGCAGCAGAUCUUCCAGCGCGUCCGACAAAGCGCCGACUUCAUGCCGCCCUCUCAGAUGAUGGUGCGUUGCCGUGGGGUGGGGCAGGGGGCUGGGGGGGAAGCCGCCUUUGCCCUCCGCCUGUGGUUGGGUGGGAGGGUUGGCAUGGAUGCUCUGAGCAGGGAAGUCCGGCUCAGCUGCCACACUGAGGCGCUGCCAGCGCAGGGAGAUGCCCGCGGGGUUUGCCUCAGUCCAGGUGGCAGCCGCUGAUGGUGUGAGGCAGCUCUCCAGCAUGUUGCUCCAGGGACUCUCUGCUCUUCCCCUUCCAGGGCGUUUUAGUGGAAGAACUGGGCACUGACUGGCGGGACAGAGUCGCCUCCUUUGAGGAAACGCCCUUUGCGGCCGCCUCCAUCGGCCAAGUCCACCUUGGGGUGCUGAAGGACGGGACUGAAGUGGCCAUGAAGAUCCAGGUAAAUGUUGACCCAAACGUGGAGAAGUUGCCGGGAUUUGAACCCAGGACUGUGCAAGGAAGAUGCUCUGGCCACGGGGCGAGGGCAGAGCCUGUAGGGAGAGACUUUGACUGCGAGGCAAGUCUCUGGUCUGCUGCGGUAGGAAGCCCUUGGCAGCGCAGCCGGUCUUGACGUUCCACCUCCCUCCUCUCCUCCUGCAGUACCCAGGCAUUGCUCAGAGCAUCCGAAGUGAUGUGGAUAACCUGUUGGUGGUGCUCAAGAUGAGCAUGAUGCUCCCAGAAGGUAAGGAGAACGCAAGGUGAGCCAAAGAGGGCCCAUCUAGUCCCAUCUUCUCUCUUCCUCUUCAUCAUCAUCAUCAUGUUGUUGUUGUCGUUUAGUCGUGUCCGACUCUUCGUGACCCCAUAGACCAGAGCACGCCAGGCACUCCUGUCUUCCACUGCCUCCCGCAGUUUGGUCAAACUCAUGCUGGUAGCUUCGAGAACACUGUCCCACCAUCUCGUCCUCUGUCGUCCCCUUCUUCUUGUGCCCUCCAUCUUUCCCAACAUCAGGGUCUUUUCCAGGGAGUCUUCUCUUCUCAUGAGGUGGCCAAAGUCUUGGAGCCUCAGCUUCAGGAUCUGUCCUUCCAGUGAGCACUCAGGGCUGAUUUCCUUCAGAAUGGAUCGGUUUGAUCUUCUUGCAGUCCAUGGGACUCUCAAGAGUCUCCUCCAGCACCAGAAUUCAAAAGCAUCAAUUCUUUGGCGAUCAGCCUUCUUUAUGGUCCAGCUCUCACUUCCAUACAUCACUACUGGGAAAACCAUGGCUUUAACUAAACAGACAUCAUCAUCAUCAUAAAUUUUAUUUAUACCUUGCCCUCCCCAGCCAAGACCGGGCUCAGGGCUUGCUAACACCAAAUAUAAAACAAUUGAUUGAAAUACAGCUUAAAAACAAGAUUAAAAUACAACAUUAAAAUGCAGCCUCAUUUCAGUGGAAACUCAGUUUUGGGGGGAUGAAAAUGUCAAGUCUUCACCAAGGUUAACUAUCCAGACUGGUCCCACGUGGGCCAGAAAAAAGCCAGGGAAGUCCCCAAAUAGGAGUUCCAACACAGGAGGAGAAAGGAAAGAGGGGGAGGGAAUCAAGUUGAUUCCGAACCAAAGGCCAGGCGGAACAACUCUGUCUUACAGGCUCUGUGGAAAGAAAUCAGAUUUUUUGAAAAAACGUUUUUAUUUAAUUUUACAGGUAUAAAUUUAUAACAAAACCAAAUACAUAUCCAUAUAGAGAGAUUUAUCUGAAUCGAGACUUCCCGCCCAAUCCCUUCUAUGGGUCCUAUUGUCAACAUUUUCAACAGCAUAUUAUUUCAUAAUCUAUAUUUUACAUCUGUCCAUAUUGUCCAUAGUAUUUGUUACAUUACAAGUGAGAUUAAAAUCCUGUUUUCAUCUGCUUCCGAUGGUCUCCUAAAUAAAUUAUAAUCCCCCCCCCAUUCUUUCUUGGAAGUUUUUGUCUUCUUGGUCCCUGAGCUUUCCGGUCAGUUUUGCAAUUUCAGCGUAGUCUAAUAGCUUGGUUUGCUAUUCCUCUCUGCUAGGGACUCAAUUUCUUCUUUCCAUCUCAGUGCUGCUGUUGUUGUGUACAUGAAGAGUUCCUUUGGGAUGUCGGUACCUACAAUUCCUAAUAAGAAGGCUUCUGGAUUCCACCCCCCUAAACUUUAUUUAAAACAUGUUUUUCAGUUCAUUGUAUAUCAUUUCCCAGAAAGCCUUUCUUGCCUUAUACCACCACCACGUAUGAUAAAAGUUACCUUCUUUUUCUUUACAUUUCCAGCAGGUAUUUGUACUUGUUUUAUACAUUUUUGCUAGCUUACUAGGAGUCAAAUACCACCAACACAUCAUUUUCAUAUAAUUUUCUUUCAGCGUAGGACAUGCUGUGAAUUUCAAAUCUGUUUUCCAUAACCUUUCCCAAUCCGCAAUCUGAAUGUUAUGCCUCAGAUCCCUUGCCCAGGGUACCAUUACAGAUUUUACCUGUUCACCUUUUGUAUGCCAUUCCAUUCUGUACAUUUUCACAUCUAGUCCAUCUUCUCACAAGGGCCUACCACAGGGGUCAGCAAACGUUUUCAGCAGGGGGCUGGGUCCACUGUCCUUCAGACCUUGGGGGGGUGGGGCGGACUAUAUUUUUUUGGGGGGGGGGGAAUGAACGAAUUCCUAUGCCCCACAAAUAACCCAGAGAUGCAUUUUAAAUAAAAGGACACAUUCUACUCAUGUAAGAACACGCUGAUUCUCGGACCGUCCGUGGGCCGGAUUGAGAAGGCGAUUGGACCAGAUCCAGAAGGGCCCCGGGCCUUAGUCUGCCUACCCAUGGCCUACUGGGUAGCAACCUACAAGCAGGACCUGAGCACCAGAGCUCUCUCCUCCUCCCUGAAUCUGUCCAGUCCUCCUUGAGAGCCGUCCAGGUCUUUCCCUCCUGCACCAGGGAGUUCCCCAGUUUUGUGCUCUCAUGGGUGAGGAGCCUCUGCCCGUCUCUGCUUCCUUGCAGGCCUCUUUGCUGACAACACCCUGCAGGUGCUUCAGAAGGAGCUGGAGUGGGAAUGCGACUACCAGCGGGAGGCUCAGUGCGCCCGGAAGUUCAGGUACAAAUGAAUUCAUUACAGUGGUGCCUCGCAAGACGAAAUUAAUCCGUUCCGCGAGAGUCUUCGUCUAGCGGUUUUUUCGUCUUGCGAAGCAACCCUAUUAGCGGCUCAACGGAUUAGCACUAUUAGCGGUUUAGCGGCUAUUAAAGGCUUAAAGGCUUAGCGGAUUAGCUGCUAAAAGGCUAUUAAAGGCUAUUAAAGGCUUAGCGGAUUAGAUAAAGGGGGGGAAAAGCGAAAAAAAAAUCUCAAGACUCGCAAGACAUUUUCGUCUUUCGAAGCAAGCCCAUAGGGAAAUUCGUCCUGCGAAGCAACUCCAAAACGGAAAACCCUUUCGUCUAGCGGGUUUUCCGUCUUGCGAGGCAUUCGUCUUGCGGGGCACCACUGUAUCAAGGAAGUCAUAAAACACUAUAGGGAUACAUUUGAAUUUGCAAUUAAGUAUAACAGGGACAAUACAGAUGUAGCAACAGUUAAAUAUAUAUAUAUAUAAAUUAAAACUUAGUCACUAACAUGUAACCUAAAAUUAUCAUUUAAGGCUUUAAUCAUUAUGAUAGCACAGCUUGUUCCCUACGUUUUACGGCAGUCGCACAGAAUUUGGCUACCCUUAACGUGAUCUCAGGAUCCUUGUCCUCUACAAGGGAUUUUAGACAUUGAAGUUCGGAUUCAUUUGGAGAUUUUUGCAUAGCAGGGGUAAUAAAUACCAAGCGUAUAUUCCCGUAGAAAUGGCAUGAGAGACAGUUUCUACCUCCAUCAAGCCACAGGGGCAGACACGUUCCGCGUAUGGUUUACCCUCGAAUCUGCCCUGCAGUAAGGCAGAUGGCAGCACGUUGAAUCUGGCGAGGGUAAAUGACCAUCUGUAUUUAGGUAUUUGUAGGAAGUUCAGGUAGCUGAGAGCAAACCCCUGGCCUGGCCUUGCUCCUCCUGGGAGAUUACCCAGCCUUUCAAGACCCUUCCCUGCAAACCCUUCCCCUAACAAGGAAAUGCCAGCACGGCUUCCCCGGGCGGUCCUGCUCAGGGCUGCCAGCUCUUGGAAUUGACUCGGGAAAGUGGGGAGCUGCCUUGCCCUGAGAGUCAACCCUGGCUGGCAGCAACAGCACGACCUGGUUUCAAGAGUUCUUGCCAGGGACUGAACCCAGGGACUUCUGUCUCCAUAGCAGGCGCUGUGCCACACUGAGCCACAGGAGUGGGCGGGAGCUGGGGCAGAGCCCACUAUUACUAUUUAUUUACCGUAUUUUUCGCUCUAUAAGACGCACCAGACCACCUAGUUUUUGGAGGAGGAAAACAAGAAAAAAAAUAUUCUGAAUCUCAGAUGCCAGAACAGUGGGAGGGAGCGCUGCGCAGCGAUCCCUCUUGCUGUUCUGGGUUCUGGGAUAGCUGUGCAGCCUGCAUUCGCUACAUAAGACGCACACACAUUUCCCCUUACUUUUUAGGAGGGAAAAAGUGAGUCUUAUAGAGCAAAAAAUACGGUAAUUUAUGUACCACCCUAUACCCGGAGGUCUCAGGGCAGUUCACGUAGAAACAUCACAGUAUAUAAAAUAAAAAUAAAAGUAAUAACCCAAUAAUACCUCCUCCAAAGGGAGAUGCCUUUUGGGACCCGGCUGGAGGACCCCUGUAGCCUCAGGACCAACCACCCUUUUUUUGGGGGGGGGCUUGGUGUCUUGCGGCCCUCCCACUUGGUGAAUCAUCUCUUCCCCCAGGCGCCUCCUGGAAGGAGACCCGUUCUUUGAGGUGCCCAAGGUGGUAGAGGAGCUGUCCACCCACAGGGUCCUGUCGAUGGAGCUGGCGGGGGGCGUCCCGCUGGACCGCUGCCAGGAUCUCAGCCAGGAGCUGCGGAACGAGGUGAGGCGGGGGCCAGGAAUGCAGGGCUCUCUUUACAGAGAAAGCUUGGGUGGAGAAGGAGAGGUUUCUGUGGAUGGCGUUACCCCCCAAAACGGAGCGUCUCUAUAGGAGAUCUUCAUAGCAUCCCCCCCCCCCCGGCGGCCACAGCCCCCUUUCCUGCCUGCCCAGGGAAAGCUACAUAAAUGCAUAGCUGUCAACCGUCCCUUAUUUGGCGGGAAAGUCCCUUAUCCCAGCGCCGUGUCCCGCUGCUGUCCCUUAUUGAUGAUGUCCCUUAAAUUUCCUGGGUUUCAAAGGAAGCAGCUCCUCUCCCUCCCUCCCUGCCGGCCAGGGAGGAGGGAGGCUCCAAUUGUGUUGCUUGGCUGCGUUGCUCACCCAAUAAAGAGUCUAAGAACGAUCGGGGGGUGGAGCUUGCAUGCCUUGUGCCGAUCAAAUCAGCCGCCUUGCCUGGGGACUCGCCUUUGCUCAGUGCUUCCCAGUGGAGAGGGGACGGUGGUUUUCCUUGCUGCAUCCCCUUUGCUGGGUUGCUUCGCUGUGGGAACCACCGCUUGAGGCUUCGUUUGGCUGCUGGCUGGGCUUUCUGCCUUUGGCUCGGAGGGGCUCAGAUGUUGAACAUACCUGUGCCCGAAAAAUCCCUUAUUUUGGUUGCUGAUCCCUUAUUUUCGAGGCUGCUGGUCCCUUAUUUUCAAAUCUGUGAGUUGACAGCUAUGCAUAAAUGCUGCCAAAUGGCAAGCACCGAGCAAUAGGAUGAUCUCAAGGCUGCAGAUUUCUGGGCCAAGGCAUUAAAGGAAACAUCUCAAAUCCCCGAUCGAACUGUUGUGCCUUCUCUGUAUUUGGCUCUUUGAAAUUGAUUUUCUGAAGCCAAUAAAGAGAUGGUAAAAAAACAAGGAGCUCAUCUCUCGCAGUGAGAAUGUCUCUAGCGAGGUUCUGGGAAAUGCUUUAGCUAGUCAUUCUCUGGACUAGUGGCACUCAAGAGUCUGGCAGAUAGCCGGGCCAGAAAAUAAUAAUAAUCAGUCUCAAAGUAGGAUCUAGUAAAAGAGGAAGGGUUCUUGCAGUAUGGUUUGAUUUCACAUCAUUUAUGAACGAGGAGGCAAACGGACGAAUGGCCAUUCCAGGUUACAUGAAAAUAAGACACAAUUCGCCCAUUCUCUUCCAUUUUAUUCUUGCCAUCUCUCCAUUCACCUGGUGUACACAUGAUAAGAAAGCAAGGGAAUUAAGAUUAACGAUUUUGUAAAGUCCACCGUGUGUUCAACAUAUUGGUAAUAUUUUUAAAGUAUUUAUUAAGCCGCAAGAUUCGUGUUCUGUGUCUGCCCUGCUGCCGCCUAAUGCUUUUCUUCUGGUACCUUUUCUUACUUUCUUCCUUUAAAUUUUGCCUUUCCUUCCACUAAAAGUAUCUAAAAAAUAAAGGGGGGCUCCCUCUCUUCCUUCUCUCCGCAGAUCUGUUCCCACAUCCUUCGCCUGUGCCUCCGAGAGGUCUUUGAGUUCCGCUUCAUGCAGACUGAUCCAAACUGGUCCAAUUUUUUCUACGAUGCCGAGAGGCACAAGGUGGGAGUUUGGGCCGGAUUCCCGGGGUGGGGGUGAGAUAUUUCCCAGGUGCGAGAGACUGCAGAUGCGUCUAACCCCUCGUCCUCAUUCCUCGCAGGUGACCCUGCUGGACUUUGGGGCCAGCCGAGACUUCAGCAAAGAGUUCACUGACAAUUACAUUGAGGUGAGUACCAGUUAUCUGUUCCUCCUCCUUUUACAGCAUCUCACAUCCCUCCUAAGAUAGAUGCCUGCUUUCUAGAUGGUCCAGGCAUCACACAGGUGGGCGUCCCCUCGGCCAUUGGAAAGGCCAGGGUCUCCAUACUAACCCUACUUUAAUCCAUCAGCCUGAGUCGCCUCUUGCCUGCAUGUGUCCAUUUAAACUUCCUGGCCUUUUCCAUCACCUCCGUAAUGUGCUAUCCCUGUCGUUUAAUAAUAAUAACAACAUACUUCAGAGCAUAAUAAUAAUAAUAAUUCUCUUGUUUAUAUGCCAUCCAUCUGACUGGGUUUCCUCAGCCACUCUGAGCGGCUCCAAACAAAAUAUUAAAAAUGCAAUAAAACAUCAGAUGUCAAGGAGAUAAAGAACUAUAUUACUUUUAGAAGACAUCUGAAGGCAGCCUUGUACAGUGGUGCCUCGGGUUAAGUACUUAAUUCAUUCUGGAGGUCCGUUCUUAACCUGAAACUGUUCUUAACCUGAAGCACCACUUUAGCUAAUGGGGCCUCCCGCUGCCGCCGCUCCACCGGAGCACGAUUUCUGUUCUCAUCCUGAAGCAAAGUUCUUAACCUGAAGCACUAUUUCUGGGUUAGCGGAGUGUGUAACCUGAAGCGUCUGUAACCUGAAGCGUAUGUAACCCGAGGUACCACUGUAUCGGGAAGUUUUCAAUGGUUGAUGUUUUACUAUGGUUUAUAUAUGCCAUAAGCUGCUCAGAGUAGCUGGGGAAACCCAGCCAGAUGAGCAGGGUAUAAAUAUUAUUAUUAUUAUUAUUAUUAUUAUUAUUAUUAUUACAGGGCUGCCUUCAGAUGUCAUCUAAAAGUCAAAUAGUUGUUUGACAUCUUACGGUGUUCCACAGGGCAGGCUACCCAGAAGGCCCUCUGCCUGGUUCCCUGUAACCUCAUUCCUAACAUAGUACACAAAAUAAUAAUAAAAUAAUAAUCCUAAUAGCAGCACCCCCCCACACAUUUAGCAGGUUGGGGAAGUGGGGUUCCAGUGGUGGCUAUAUAAUGUCAGCUGCUGGCUAGAGCAGGGCUGAGCCCCCCAAUAUCCACCCCUCAGCCCCUCUCUUUCCUCUCGGCAAAGGUGGUGAGGGCCGCGGCGGAUGGAGACCGGGCCAAAGUGCUGCAGAAGUCCAAAGACCUCAAGUUCAUGACGGGGUUCGAGACUAAGGUGAGUGUGUCCGUCGGGAGAUUAAUCUCACCAGCUGCCCCAGGUUGAGCAGGAACCAGCGUUUUGGGUUGGCAUUGAGGGGCGCUGGGCAGAGCGGGUGGAUUUCAAGAGGCUGUGAGCCAGGAAGGGGGGGCAGGAAGAGGAGGGGAGGUUUAAAUCUCCCCCCCCACCCUGCCGCCGAUCUGCUGCGAUGGUCUUUGUCCCUGCCUAUCCACCUUAGGCUAGUUUAACAGUCGCAAAGAUUCUCAAGGAGCACCAGAGCUCUUGCUGCUUACAGAGAGGAGAUUAUAAAAUGGUAUGUGAUGUAUGGAAGUGAGAGCUGGACCAUAAAGAAGGCUGAUCGCCGAAGAAUGGAUGCUUUUGAAUUCUGGUGCUGGAGGAGACUCUUGAGAGUCCCAUGGACUGCAAGAAGAUCAAACCGAUCCAUUCUGAAGGAAAUCAGCCCUGAGUGCUCACUGGAAGGACAGAUCCUGAAGCUGAGACUCCAAUACUUUGGCCACCUCAUGAGAAGAGAAGACUCCCUGGAAAAGACCCUGAUGUUGGGGAAGAUGGAGGGCACAAGGAGAAGGGGACGACAGAGGACGAGAUGGUGGGACGGAGUUCUCGAAGCUACCAGCAUGAGUUUGACCAAACUGUGGGAGGCAGUGGAAGACAGGAGUGCCUGGCGUGCUCUGGUCCAUGGGGUCACGAGGAGGCGGACACGACUAAACGACUGAACAACAACAAUCGUGGGAAGAGAGGAAAAUCUCUCUCUCUCUCUCUCUCUCUCUCUCAUAACUCUAGAACUCAUGGUCAUUGCAAUGAAGCUGAAUGCAGAUAAAAGAAAGACUUUCUUCAUGAAGCGCAUAAACUGUGGAACUCCCUGCCACAAGAGGCAGUGAACGCCACCCAUCUGGAUGGCUUGCACAAAUUCACGGAGGAGGAGAGAGCUAUUGGCGUCUACUAGCCAGGAUGGCGGGUCUCUGCCUCCACAGUCAGAGGCAGCGACGCUUCUGGGCACCAUUUGCCCUGAACCGCAGCAGAGGAGAGCCCCCUUAUCCUUGUGGGUUUCCCCAAAGAGGCAUUGUCUCCUUGGCCACUGUGGGAGCAGGACUGGAUGGGGCCCCCUUUAGCCUGAUCCGGCAGGCUCUUCUCACACUCUUAUGGAGCCUCCAGAUCCAGCGGCAGUCUAUCUGGAGUCCUCGGUUCUUUUGGGUAGAAUAGGAGGCUGGACUAGAUGGGCCUGAUCCCACAGCCAGGCUCUUCUUAGGAGGGCACCAGGUUUGCAAAGUCUGAGUCCCAUACUGUCCGGAGUGGGGUGCCGUUCUCUGCCCGCCCCUCCUCUGGGCAGUUGCUCUGCCAUUCCUGCCAUUGGGUGAUUUCGCUGGGGGUGGGGGGCUGGCUUGUUUGUUUUAGAUUCUUUGAAGGUUUUAUGGCAGCGGUUCUCAACCUGUGGGUCCCCAGAUGUUGUUGGACUACAACUCCCAUCAUCCCUGAGCUCUGGCCUUGCUAGCUAGGGGUGAUGGGAGUUGUAGUUCAACAACAUCUGGGGACCCACAGGUUGAGAAAGGCUGUUUCAUGGAAACAUCCCCACUUUUGAAGUUUGAAAAAGAAGGGGGCAGCGACGAACAAUUCCUUCCUUGCACGUCCCCUUCGCCUCCUCCAGCACCCACCCACAACCAGCUCCACCCCAUGUUGUUCUGCUGGGACAGGCCGAAUCCUGCAAGGGUGCUGCACCCAGAAAAGGGGAUUCGAACGCAAGACAGGAGAUCCCUGGGGCCAAGCCCUCCUUCCUGGCCGAUUCGAGGUAGGGCAGCGCCCCCUAGUGAAACCCAGUGCCUCUAUUUGAGUGGUUCUCAAGCUGUGGGUCCCCAGAUGUUGUUGGACUACAACUCCCAUCAUCCCUGAGCUCUGGCCUUGCUCGCUGGGGUGAUGGGAGUUGUAGUUCAACAACAUCUGGGGACCCACAGGUUGAGAAAGGCUGCUUGUGGCCUGCAAGUAGAUUCAUUUUUUUUAUCUCAUUCCCCUUACUUAUCAAAGCAUUCAGUCUCUGCUUUCCCAGGCUAACCAUUCCCAGCUCCUUCAACCGUUCCUCAUCAGGGUUGGUUUCCAGACCCUUGAUCAUCUCUGUCUCCCUCCUCUGCCCACCUUCCUGCUUCUCAACACCCUUCUAAAACUGCGGCAUCCAGAAUUGGGACACAGGUGGGGUCUGACCAAGGCUGAAGGAAGUGGCAAAGGCAGUCUGCCCAUGCCCAGGAACCCCUCUUCCCCUGCCUGUCAGCCCCUGUGGCCCCUGCCUGUGCAGCCAGUCCCAGAAACACCUGCCCUUGGACUGACCUCCCUCCUUCUUCCGGCAGGUGUUUGAGGACGCCCACGUGGACGCCGUGAUGAUCCUGGGAGAAGCCUUCUCCACGCCGGGCCCCUUCGACUUUGGCACCCAGCGCACCACUCGCUGCAUCCAGGACCUCAUUCCAGUGAUGCUAAAGCACCGACUCAGCCCCCCUCCGGAGGAGAGCUACUCGCUGCACCGCAAGAUCGCCGGAUCCUUCCUCAUCUGCGCACGACUCGGGGCUGCCAUCCCCUGCCGGGAGAUGUUUGAAGAGGCCUAUGCCCGGUACUUGGCCGGGGAGCGGCCAGCUCCCAUGGCCGGCAGGGUCUAGGGGGAUCCUCCGCUGUUUCCAUGAGUGGAUCCUGCAGCUCGCCAGUGGCUGGAACUCUCCGCGAGGGAGCCCUGACCAUUCUGCUGCCGGGACAGCUUGUGUGGGGCAGGGGCCCUCUGUGGGGCAGCAUCUCGGCCAAGCGGGGGUCUUUCUUCGGACCAGCCGCUGGCCGGUAUUAGACCUGUCCUCUAACACAGCCGCCUGGCCUGGCAUCUCCAUCCUCAACGCCUCUGGCGGCCUCCUCUGAGCAAGGGAAGGGGUAGCGCCAGCUGGCUCUGCCCCACACCCUCGCUUGGCCUCCUGCCCGCUCUCCUGCCCCCUACAGGCCCCGUGUCCCUAGGGCAGCAAUAGCUGAGGUGCCGCCGCCGCCCAAAAGCGUACGGUCAAAUCAGGGGGUUUGGCACUCCCAGCAAUCGACUCCCUUGGAGGAACCGACGGUUCUCAUUGCCAAGCAAAGAGGCUUGAAGAAGCUCAAGUGAUUUGGGGGCUGUCAGUCUCCCAGGAAUGAUAAAAGAGCUUCGCUGCUGCUCCCAAGGAGAUCCAUCCUUCCCCACGUCCCUUUCCGGUUCCUAACUCCAGCCAGGAGAGUCCUGGCUUCCUCCAUCUGUGGCCUUUGGAGCAGGAAGACAUGAGCGCUGUUAGACUGCCCUUGAGCUGGGGCUUGUCCCACCCGUGAAAGGGACCCCUCUCCUCCUUCUGCUUUUAAUAUAUAAACUUGGGUGUGACUGUAAGCUGGGGCAGCUAGACGAAGGCUUAAGUGUUGUAAAAGAGAGAAAGGCAGCGAGAGAUCUGGGGGGAGAGGGAUCUGGCAGAAGCAACUGGGUCUCGGACCUCACUUGGGUGGCCAAAGUGUGUGUGUGUCUGUAUGUGUCUCUGUCCAUUACAGCUACCGGGUGUUUUUUAAAAUGAAAAAACGGUGUCCAUGUGUUUUCUCUGCCAUCCAAACGGGGAGGUUUCUGAGGACCAGAAAAGCAAGCGGCCGUUCUUUGUGGGCCAAAAGCGGACAGGGAAGCCACGAGUUGCAGUUUGGGGGCAUUUUUGCGCAGGGAGGGCCUCCCAGCCCCACCCCAGAGUGUCCAAAACAGCCAACACCCAGUCUGGGAAAUGAAAGAAGCAUCUGAUCCAUCAGAACGACCUGUCACACUUCUGCAAAUUUAGCAAGGCUUUUCACUGCUUGGUAUCGGUUUUUAUUGGAGAAGGGGCUCCUCCCUCCCUCUCUCCCUCUCUCUAUAUAUAAUCUUUUUUAAAGCUCAGAUAAAUGCUUUGAUAUUGUCCUGUGGCUCUGACGUCUUAGCUCCUCAUCCUUGCUUAAUUUUUUAAAUUUUUUAGGGCAGAGGGAGUGGCUGAAGAAUGGAAAAGUUGAAAACAAAUAGGGAGAAACAUAGCACAUCUCAUUAGACAACGAUCACAUACUUGAUGACCCCAUCUGUGGGGAAAUUAUAUUAGGAUAAUCACAUCCUAAAGACACAAGGAAAUGAGAGAAAGGCGUAUAUAGAAACAAAACUAAGGUUAGGAAUAAUUAAGAGAGAGGGCAGCGCGGAAGGGAGAAAAGAAAGGGGGAGAGAAAGGAGAAAGAAAACAGAGAAAGAGAGAGGGAUAAAAAGAGGCAACUGAUUUCUGGGACUAAAAUGUGUUAGAAAUGUGAUUUACCAUAUUUUUUGUUCCAUAAGACGUACUUUUUUCUUCCUAAAAAGUUAGGGGAAAUGUCUGUGCGUCUUAUGGAGCAAAUGCGUGGUCCCUGGAGCCGAACUGCCCAGGGCGAAAAGCAGAUCAUGCUCUCUCUUUUUUUAAAAGAGGGAAGUGGGUGUUGAAACAAAACUGCUAAUGGGCAAGCGAUCAGGAGGGAGAUAAGGGACGCUAGCAAUAAAGGAGGCUGCCUGGAAGGAGGGAGGUAAAGACAGCGAACUUGCAAGGAGAGGAGACAGGAAGACUAAAGCAAUGAGGAGAGAAAUAGAAGAAAAGGAGAAGCAAAAAACUGCUCCAGCUAAGGAAAAGACACUAAAGCAAACAAGAGGAGAGGGGGUGUUGAAAGGAAGCAGCUGAUCGGCAAGCAAGGGAUCGGGAGGGAGAUAAGGGACUCUAGAGAUAAAGGAGGCUGCCUAGGAGGGGGAAGGUAAAAGCCCAUGGAUCCUCAGGAUUUUUGCAUUUGGUCACCCUAAAUUCACCAUCAGAUCACACAGCAUGUCCAUGGCUACAGCCUGCACCAAAAAAAAUCACGCACCCACUGUUUCGUGGGGCUACAAUGGUGCAAAAGCGUGGUUACAAAGCAUGGAUCCCCAUGGAUUCUCAGGAUUUUUGCAUUAAGCUACCCCAAACUCACCAUCAAAUCACAUGUCUCUGGCCACAGCAUGGGCCACAAAAAUCAUACAUCCACUGUUUAGUUCGGAAUAUUUUUCUUCUUGUUUUCCUCCUCUAAAAACUAGGUGCGUCUUAUGGAGCGAAAAAUAUGGUACCUGCCUGGGAAGGUUCUUUCACCCAGCAUGCAGUGGAAUUCCCCCAUGUUGAAAGACACACUAAAAACAGAUUAAAAGAUAUAAGGGGAGUCCUUUAUGCAGUUCAUAGUUAAACUAUAGAACUCCCUUCCCCAGGUUGCGGGGUUUCCAUAAUGGGCAUCUGGUUGGCUCCUGUGAGUACAGGAUCCUGGACUCAAUGGGAGGCCCCCUUGGGCCUGAUCCAGCCUGCUCAACUUAUGUUCCGACUUCCCAUUGAUCACUAGCCUCUCCAUUCUGGCUGCACACCCCUUCUUAAUCCAGCAGAGGGCAGAGCAGGUGGUUCCAGGCAGCUCAAGGAAGUGAGAUGAGCUGCACAGCAGAGCAAAGGGAGCUACUUGUGCAGAUUUUACCCAGGAAUCACACCCCUUGUGUUUUCAUGGGAUUAACUGCCAGCUGAACGGGCCAUGGGGGCCUGAUCCAAGCAUACACAAGACCAGCUCCGACCAUCCUUGGAUCUUGGGACCGCAGAGGGUGCAUUGUUGUUUAGUCGUUUAGUCGUGUCCGACUCUUCGUGACCCCCUGGACCAGAGCACGCCAGGCACUCCUGUCUUCCACUGCCUCCCGCAGUUUGGUCAAACUCAUGCUGGUAGCUUCAAGAACACUGUCCAACCAUCUCGUCCUCUGUCGUCCCCUUCUCCUUGUGCCCUCCAUCUUUCCCAACAUCAGGGUCUUUUCCAGGGAGUCUUCUCUUCUCAUGAGGUGGCCAAAGUCUUGGAGCCUCAGCUUCACAAUCUGUCCUUCCAGUGAGCACUCAGGGCUGAUUUCCUUCAGAAUGGAGAGGUUUGAUCUUCUUGCAGUCCAUGGGACUCUCAAGAGUCUCCUCCAGCACCAGAAUUCAAAAGCAUCCAUUCUUUGGCGAUCAGCCUUCUUUAUGGUCCAGCUCUCACUUCCAUACAUCACUACUGGGGAAACCAGAGCUUUAACAGAGGGUGCAUAGAGAUGGAUAGUCCUUGCGCUUUCUACCUCCUAGGAAAACAGGAAGGUGGGUUUCAUAAAGCCAGGAACGGCAAAACGAAAAAGGACAUUUUGCUUGCCUUCUGGUGGAGCUAAUGGCAGACUCGUACCAAUCAAUACCUCUAAAGUUCAAUUAUUUAUACCUCCAUUUCCCUACGAUGGGAGCUGCUGCUGCUGCUGGGCUCUGGUUUGGCUGGGCACGCAAGUCUGCCUUGGGCAGGGGGAGCGGUUGCCUCCUUUUUAAUAAAGACCCACUUGGCAUCCUCUUCCUGUUCCAGGAAAGGAGCCAGCCAAAGGGUUAACCUCUUUUGCAUCUCAGCAGAUGUUUUCCCAGCUAACAGCUGGUGAUAUUGGAAUUGAUCCAUACAGUUAAUUUGUAUGAACUGCUCUGGGGGGUUUAAAGCAAGCAGCUUCACAGAAAUAUGGGCAGUUAAAAAUGUGUGUGCUUUUUUUUUGGAUAUUGGGAAAUCAAUUUUAAAAGUGCAGAAACACAGAAAAUCCCAGCCGUGCCCAUUCAUAGUGCUGAUUCCACUAUGAAAUAGAUUUUCACUGUUUUGUGGGAUAACCAGCCUGAUUUGGUUCAUCGCUGAAUCAUCUCUUCCUAGUUAUUUGUACCAUGGUGGCAUUUAUCCAAGGCUACCAGGUGGUCUGCAGACUUCUCAACACUCUACAUGUUAUUCUUCACAAUGACCCUUUGAGGUAGGUCCAGCCAAGAGAUCAUUACUGUCCUGCAAGCUCAUUCCCAGUGAACUUCAUGGCUGAGUGUCAGGAUUUGAACCCUGGACUCUCCCGCGCCCUAACCCAGGACUCCCAACCACUACACCACAGUGAUGUCUGCAAGACCUAGGGUCAUUAGGAUGCGCUCUUUGCUCCCAGGAAGAGAGGCCUGUUCCAUUCAUGAGGCAAUAAUAAUAAUAAUAAUAAUAAUAAUAAUAAUAAUAAUAUAAUCCCUCCCAUCUGGCUGGGUUUCCCCAGCCACUCUGGGCAGCCAUAAUAUUAGCAGCAAUGAGAUUUGCUAUUAAAUAAUUAGAAUCCCAGAGUCCCUUUCCUGUAAGCUUUAAAUUAUUAUUAUUUUUAAACCUCUGUAGGUUUAAAUGUCUGCUUGGGUCCACUGGAACUACAGGCUCAAAAUGUGAAGGGCAGAGCACAACCAUCCUGGUUAGUAGCCAUUGAUAGCCCUCCUUCUCCAUGAAUUUGUCUAAGGAUAGCUCUACACACGGGGAAAAACCUCGCUAUAAAUAAUUCAGAAAUUAAAUCGUAACAAAAAAAGAAAAUCAUGUAAAAAUCGCAUAUAAUUUUUUUUUGCUCUCUGGCGCCAUCUGGUGUUGCAUGUUUCUAAUGAAUUCAAAAUGUUGUUUAUUGACUAAUGUAAAGGAAAAGGGACCCCUGACCAUUAGGUCCAGUCGUGGCCGACUCGGGGUUGCGGCGCUCAUCUCGCUUUAUCGACCAAGGGAGCUGGCGUACAGCUUCCGGGUCAUGUGGCCAGCAUGACUAAGCCGCUUCUGGCGAAACCAGAGCAGCGCACGGAAAUGCCGUUUACCUUCCCGCCGGAGCGGUACCUAUUUAUCUACUUGCACUUUGACGUGCUUUUGAACUGCUAGGUUGGCAGGAGCAACGGAAGCUCAGCCCGUCGCGGGGAUUCGAACCGCUGACCUUCUGAUCGGCAAGUCUUAGGCUCUGUGGUUUAACCCACAGCGCCACCCGCGUCCCUUAUUGACUAAUGUAUCUGAGUCCUAAUCAUCUUUUAAGACCAUCUAGGUUGGUGGCCUCCUGUGGCAGAGCGUUCCGCAGUUUAACUCCAUGAAGGGGGGGCUUUCUUUUAUCUAUCCUGAAUCUUUCCGAUAUUCAGCUGCAUAGGAUGUCUGUGAGUUCUUGCAUUACGAGAGAGGAAGAUAAGCUUCUCUUUUCUGCAUGCCUUGCCUCUCUUUAGAAACUUCUGUCCGGCCGCCUCUUCCUCGCCUUCUCUCCAGGCGAAAAAGCUCUGGCCUAUCUUUGCGGGAGAGUCUCUCCAUCGCCUGGGUCACUGUGGCUGCCCUUUCCUGAACUCAGCAACACAAUAUCCUCUGCAGAGCAAUGUUUGCAAACGCCUGCCAGUGCUUUUGCUAUUUUGCCGGGUUCAAGAGCUUUCCUUGACCUGCUGCAGCAAGUGGCUUUAUCCUGAGCCCCAGGCCCCAGGCCUAUCUGGCUCCAUAUGACCCACCCUGGCUGGCAGCAGCAACCACCGCAGGUCUCCAGGGUGAAUUCCAGCUGGUGAAUUUCUCCAGCUCUGCCAGGAGACGCCAAGACGACGGAAGCCGAACCCGUCAUCGUGUAAAGGAGAUGCUCUUAUCGCGUCUGCAUGGGUGUUUUGGAGCUGCUCCAGAGAACCGGAUACUGCGGCUGAAGGGAGAUGGGUUUUCAGGAUCGCUUCCACUUUGCACCUCGCGCUCAGCUCCCCCGGCUGCAUCGCAAAGGCAAACGGCAUCCAGGGGUGUGUGGGGCUGCUUCCUGGCAUGUUUGGCCCCAGAAGCAGUGUGGUGUAGUGGUUAGAGUGUUGCACUAGGGCCUGGGAGAGAGCAGGGUUCGAAUUCUGCCACUCAGCAAUGAAGCUCACUGGGUGUGGCCUUGGGGGUGGCCAGGCACUGUCUUAUCUCAGCCUAACCUAAUAAUAAUAAUAAUUUAUUAUUUGUACCCCACCCAUCUGGUUGGGUCUCCCCAGCCACUCUGGGCGGCUUCCAACAAAGAUUAAAAAUACAUUAAAAUCUCACACAUUAAAAACUUCCCUGAACAGGGCUGCCUUCAGAUGUCUUCUAAAUGUCAGGUAGUUGUUUAUUUACUUGACAUCUGAUGGGAGGGCGUUCCACAAGGCGGGCGCCACCACCGAGAAGGCCCUCUGCCUUGUUCCCUGUAGCUUUGCUUCUUGCAGCGAGGGAACAACAACUACCAGGCUUUUAGAAGACAUCUGAAGGCAGCCCUGUUUAGGGAAGCUUUUAAUGUUUGAUGUAUUUUAAUAUUCUUUUGGAAGCCGCCCAGAGUGGCUGGGGAAGCCCAGCCAGAUGGGCGGGGUAUAAAUAAAUUAUUAUUAUUAUUAUUAUUAUUAUUAUUAUUAUUAUUAUAUAACCGCCAGAAGGCCCUCGGUGCUGGACCUCAGUGUCCGGGCAGAACGAUGGUGGUGGAGAUGCUCCUUCAGGUAUACUGGAGAUCGUUGGUGGAAAAGGUGUGGUAUAAAUGCAGAAAUAAAAUGAAUAAGAGUGCAUCAGAAGGAGAUACAUGGCUAGCCAAGCCAGAACUUCAUGGGGGGGGGGUGUGUCCUGUUUUGUUUCUGUUAAGGAAAAAUUCCAGGGUGAGAGCCUACUCAACAGCCCAGCUCAUCAGAGUGCAAGUCCCCUGCGGGUCUAUGUGGUCAGUAAAAGAAGGAAGUUCCAGCCAAGUAAUUUGGAGCAAAACAGCAGUCAGAAGACCACAAUCUUUAUUGUUGCACAACAGGUCCCCACAGGAGUAGGAAACCCGAACACGGGGUGACAUCUCUUUCAAAACUUCCCUCUUUCCCCCAGAAUGCACUUUGAGCAGCAGCAUUGAUACAUCAUCACUACAUCACCAGCAUGUCACAAAUGGAGAGGGUUAUACAAGGGUUACACAAGUUCAACAUUAGGUCACUUGAUCAGAGACCUUUCCCAACAACCUCUUAAGUGUUGUUGUUUAGUCGUGUCCAACUCUUCGUGACCCCCUGGACCAGAGUAUGCCAGGCACUCCUGUCUUCCACUGCCUCCCGCAGUUUGGUCAAACUCAUGCUGGUAGCUUCCAGAACACUGUCCCACCAUCUCGUCCUCUCUCGUCCCCUUCUCCUUGUGCCCUCCAUCUUUCCCAACAUCAGGGUCUUUUCCAGGGAGUCUUCUCUUCUCAUGAGGUGGCCAAAGUCUUGGAGUUUCAGCUUCACGAUCUGUCCUUCCAGUGAGCACUCAGGGCUGGUUUCCUUCAGAAUGGAGAGGUUUGAUCUUCUUGCAGUCCAUGGGACUCUCAAGAGUGUCCUCCAGCACCAGAAUUCAAAAGCAUCAAUUCUUCAGUGAUCACCCUUCUUUAUGGUCCAGCUCUCACUUCCAUACAUCACUACUGGGAAAACCAGAGCUUUAACAAUAUGGACCUCUUAAGUACCCAUCACCGAAAGAACAAUAAAGCUCUUGACAUCUCCUUGCCCUCAGACCUGGUCUGGAGAUGGGCUUUCAGAACACCUGCCUUGCUCAACUGCCUCUGCGGAUGUCCAGUCUUGCCCCCUUGGUCACUCCCUGGGUGGGGGGCUGUGUCUGUGCUCUCACGCUUGGGGAAUUAUGGCAGGAUGCCCUGUUCCUGCUGCCUGCUUCUUGGUCCAUGGAGGGAGGUGGAGCCCAAAUUCACCUUUCUUUAAGGGUUAAAAUGGUGUUAGAAUGAGGAGAGUCGGUUAAAGUAUGGAUUUUCUAUGAAUUUAUAAAGCUAGGUAUCUUCCCUGAGCUAUCAAAUCGAAAGGAUACAUUCAGGCAUAAUAUUUGUGUAGCUAUGGCUGAUUUUCGCUACUGGGAAAACCAUAGCUUUAACCAUACAGGCCUUUGUCGGCAAGGUGACGUCUCUGCUAGGAAAAUAGGAACAUCCUAUUCCGUCCCCUCCAUUUCUCCCGUGAAAAGAGGGACGUCCGGUUCCAGAAGAUGUCCCAGGCCUGCUCAAGGACCGCACCCCCCCACCCCCGCAGCUCUGGACCAAGCGAAAGGUGCAAAGGGAGCUGAGCUCACUUCCAGGCUGAAUCUGAAGUGGAUUCACUCCACGACUUGGCUGCCCACUUCAGGUGCCUGUUGCCUGGUCCAACCCUGCCAGGGGGCUGGAGCCGCUGCCGAAUGGCUCAGGGACGUUAGUCUGGAAAGAGGAGCAGCUGUAGACGGAACGGGGGGCCUGUUUCUGGGGGAGCCCCAUGGAUGUGGCGGGGACUACCCUGCAGGGUUCCUAGUGCAAAAGGGAGCUCUUGGCCUGGGCUUAGGAUUUGAACCCAAGGCUGCUGUGCCAGGGGAACCACGCCUUCUGAUAUGGCCGAGGGGAGCGAUGGGCAGAGGCUGGUGGCCAACGAACUGGCUGGCUCUCCUUCCUUCCUUAGCCGAGUAUGUGUGGAAUCCGAAUCGUAGAGCUGGAAAAGGACCCCCAAAGGUCAUCCAGUCUAACCCUCUGCAAUGCAGGAAUGUACCACCUUGAACUUGGCCCCGUAGCCAACCAGCAACCAGCUCUGAUCUCUGAGCACAGGUGUUGCACGCUGACAAGGUCUCCCUGCUGUCAGCAAUUGCGCUGCAGCAUCCUGCACUAACCAUAGCUUCCAGAUCAAACAGAGGGGAAGCCCCACAUUGAGCGCAUUCCAGGAAUCUCUUCUUCGGGGCAGGGACCCGAUAUAUAUUCAAAUAUAUAAAAGGAUGUCACAUAGAGGAGGGAGAAAGGUUGUUUUCUGCUGCUCCAGAGAAGCGGACACGGAGCAAUGGAUCCAAACUACAAGAAAGAAGAUUCCACCUAAACAUUAGGAAGAACUUCCUGACAGUAAGAGCUGUUCGACAGUGGAAGUUGCUGCCAAGGAGUGUGGUGGAGUCUCCUUCUUUGGAGGUCUUUAAGCAGAGGCUUGACAACCAUAUGUCAGGAGUGCUCUGAUGGUGUUUCCUGCUUGGCAGGGGAUUGGACUCGAUGGCCCUUGUGGUCUCUUCCAGCUCUAUGAUUCUAUGAUUCUAUGAUUCUAUGACCUGCCAUGCUUCUUAUGCUGCUCCUCAAAGCCCCCCCCCACCUUCUGCAGCCUGGAGUCGGCCAGAUGUUCAGCGCCGCUGCUCCCAGGCAGCACAGCCGUGUUGCCCCGGGGGCUGAUGGGAGUCGUAGUCCAAAACAUCCCCAGAGGGUGCACAUCAGUGACACGCCAUAAAUAAUAUCCUAAAGGGUUGGCAGCCCUGCAAAGCAAAUCGCAGCUUCCCCUCCGAACAGCUGGACGCUUAAAAUCCUAAAUCCGGGAGCCACACUUGCCCAGAUGGGAUUAGUUUGUGAAUGGAGGAUCCGGCGAGGAUUAAGGUCCGAAAGCACUCAAAGGGAAAAGCCCCGGGAGAUCAAACACAGCGAGGGAAAUCCCCAGGCAUGGAGUGGGGGCUCGGGGCAGAAUUUGUCCAGGGGUCCCGUUCCUCCCUCCAAGGCAGCGUGGGCAGUGGCGUAGCGUGGGGGGUGCAGGGGGGGGCGGCCGCACCGGGCGCAACAUCUGGGGGUUAGGGUUAGGGGGCGCAAAUCCACGGGUUAGGGGGCGCAAAUUACUUGCCUUGCCCCGGGUGCUGACAACCCACGCUACGCCACUGAGCGUGGGGGCAAGGAAAUUGCAAGGCCAGGUGGAGUUUCCAGAGGAAGCAGAGUUGCGGAGGAGAACCUGUGAGAGGCAGCGUGGAGUAGUGGUUAGAGUGCCGGACUAGGACUUGUGGGACCAGGGUUCGAAUCCCCACUCAGGCACGAAGCUCCAUGGGGUGUGACCUUGGGGGGCCGGCCACGGCCUCUCGGCCAAAUCUACCUCGGGGGGUGGUUGUGGGGAUUAAAUGAGGAGGGGGAGGGAAGCUCUGCUCGCCUUGAGCCCCUUGGAGGAAAAGUGUGGGGGGCAUGGAAAGUGCUUCCAGAGGACACUUUCUCUGGCCCCACCCUAAGAACAGAGAUCUCCCGGAAGAAGGGAAAGGGGUCAGGCAAGAAAUCCCAGCAGAGAACUGCAAGUAUGUGUGUGGAUCAGGGCAGUCACGGCGCUUUUUAAAGAGCUUUAUAGUAUCUUAACAAGGACUGCUUCUCAAAGCACUUUAAAGCCUUUAAAACAGCUCCGAAAAGAUGGUAGAGUUUCAAGGGACCCCAAGGAUCAGUUCAACCAUCACAUUGCAUCUAAAAAAACCUCUGCUUAAAACGAAGGAGAGUCACCACCUUCUGAGGUAGUCCUAGCUGUUGUCUCCCUCCUGCUCCUUGCCAAGACCUGAACCUGAUAAACAGUGCUUUUGACGCUCAAAUAAAAAAAUUAAGGUCAUAUAUAUAUAUAUAUAUAUAUAUAUAUAUAUAUAUAUAUAAUGUUCAUAACUGCAUAUAUAAACCACAUGUCUGAAACCCCACAGAAAAAGUCCUGAAACCAUUUUGUCCCUCCCAAAUUGACCUCAAAUAUUUCUCUGCAAGGUCAAAAGAAAAUGGAAAAGCCUCCCCAUUGUCUUUUCCUUCACAAAUCCUGUCUUAAGGGUAUGUCUGUGUAUGAAUAGGGUGAGCCUGUGACCUGGCUCAGGAACUAAGUAUUUAUCAUUACAAAAGACUGGCCAGGCUCCCCAGGGUAUCCAAUCAAGUAAGCAUUAACAGGUAACCUGCCAGACAGGAGGUAAAACAGCGCACUCAGAUUUCUGUUGUAGACCGCCCUUUCUGUGAUGUAGGUAUGAUGUUUCUGGGGGUGGUCUUGAGCUCCAGGGCAGGGAAUUUAAAAUGUCUAUAUAAGGGCCGGCAUACCUUGGUUCUGGGUCCUCCUCCUUUCCUGCAUGUGAGGGGAGCACCCUGUUGCAACAGCUUUAAUAAAGAUCAGGCUUACAAGCUGUUUUGCUUCUCAAUAUUCUCUGGUUAGCCUCUGUUCUCCGACCGAUGUAGAACCUUACGAGGGACUCUGUAAGGGUUUUUGUGUCCCCCACAAGGGAAUAAGGGCAGAUUUUUGUUUAUUACAACACCCUUUCUUCCUUUUUAAAAGAAUUCUCUUUAUGGGUCCCUGGCGCUGUGGGUUAAACCACAGAGCCUAGGACUUGCCGAUCAGAAGGUCGGCGGUUCGAAUCCCCGCAAAAGGGUGAGCUCCCAUUGCUCGAUCCCUGCUCCUGCCACCCUAGCAGUUCAAAAAGCACGCCAAAGUGCAAGUAGAUAAAUAGGUACCGCUCCGGCGGGAAGGCAAACGGCGUUUCCGUGCGCUGCUCUGGUUCGCCAGAAGCGGCUUAGUCCUGCUGGCCACAUGGCCCGGAAGCUGUACACCGGCUCCCUUGGCCAAUAAAGCGAGAUGAGCGCAGCAACCCCAGAGUCGGCCACGACUGGACCUAAUGGUCUGGGGUCCCUUUACCUUUACAGCAGCAGUGGCAGGUACUGGCUGCAACCUUCCAACAGUCUGACUUCUCCCACAAAGGCGCACUCCUCCUCCGUUGACUCCCAAGACGGAAGGACAGAUGCCAACAACGACAGAUUUCUCCAGCCCAGGCAGAGCUGGGACUCUCCCAACUAAGCUGAUUCAGAUUUGAUAUGGCUGUGGGAGACGUCUGCAUCCACGCUUGGGCUGGGCGGAUGAGAGCCUGCGCCCACAACCCUAGGCAUGUCCGAGGGUUUGUGGGCGAGGGAUGUGGAAGGGAAGAGACGGCCAGAACCUGGGAAGAGGCAGGACCCAAAGUCCCAAAAGGAGCAAGGGGGGAGGACAGCAGAGGAAAGGGACUCCGAAGGAGCUGCUUUACCAAACAGAGGCUGGAAGGCUGGCUAUCUGUCUGGGAUUCUUUGGCUGCAGUUCCUGCACUGUGGGACUAGAUAACAACAUAACAGGCUGCUGCGUAAGUCCAAGGACCUUUCUUGUUGAGAAUCCUGUUCUCACAGUUGCCUGUGUGGAACCAGCAAGCAGAAUUCCAAGCAUUGCUGCCACCACUGUGGCAGGGAGUUCCAUACUUUAACUAUGUGCUGCAUGAAUAAGGACCUUCUUUUUAUCUUCCAACAGACUCUUGGGCAUCCCUUCCAACUCCACAAUUCUGUAAUUCAUUAGAUGUUUUCUUUUUUCUUUUUAAAUGAUAUUUAUUAAAGUUUCAAAAAAUACAGGAAAAUACAGAAUACAGAAAAAAGUAUAAAGUUUUUAAGAUAUAACAAAAAAGUAAAAAAUAAAAAGAAACAUACAAAAUAAAACAGUUAAAAACACGUUAAUUUUCCAUAGCCUAUCUUCCUUACACUUAUUUCCCCGGACCUCCUCGUACCUCCCUUUUUGUAUUCCAGUUCAGUUUGUUAGUUCAGCAAAUCCUUACCAUUAAGCUUUUACCCAUUUGUAAACCUUUUUUCGUAUCUCUUAAAGCAUUACAGCUGGAAACCACUUAGUUUCUAUCCAACAUCCUUCUAAGAUUCCUUAAUUUUACAAUAUUUCUGUAAAUAGUCUUUAAAUUUCUUCCAGUCUUCUUUCACCGACUCUUCUCCCUGGUCUCGGAUUCUGCCAGUCAUUUCCGCCAAUUCCAUGUUCAUUAGAUGUUUUCAAACACAUGUUGGAUGGCCAUACCUGAAGGAGCGCCUCCACCCCCAUUGUUCUGCCCGGACACUGAGGUCCAGCUCCGAGGGCCUUCUGGCGGUUCCCUCACUGCGAGAAGCGAAGUUACAAGGAACCAGGCAGAGGGCCUUCUCAGUGGUGGCGCCUGCCCUGUGGAAUGCCCUCCCAUCAGAUGUCAAGGAAAUAAACAACUACAGUGGUACCUCGGGUUACAUACGCUUCAGGUUAUAGACUCUGCUAACCCAGAAAUAAUACCUCAGGUUAAGAACUUUGCCUCAGGAUGAGAACAGAAAUCGUGCUCCAGUGGCGCGGCGGCAGCGGGAGGCCCCAUUAGCUAAAGUGGUGCUUCAGGUUAAGAACCGUUUCAGGUUAAGAACGGCCCUCCAGAACGAAUUAAGUUCUUAACCCGAGGUACCACUGUACCUGACUUUUAGAAGACAUCUGAAGGCAGCCCUGCUUAGGGAUAUUUUUAAUGUUUGAUGUUUUAUUGUUUUUUUAAUAUUCUGCUGGGAGCUGCCCAGAGUGGCUGGGGAAACCCAACCAGAUGGGUGGGGUAUAAAUAAUAAAUUAUUAUUAUUAUUAUUAUUAUUAUUAUUAUUAUUAUUAUUAUUAUUUUCUGCCAGGGAUUCUUUAGCUGUAAUCCCUGCAUUGCAGGAGGUUGAACUAGAUAAUCUUUGGGUGUCCCUUGCAACUUUGCAAUUCUAUGAUUUUCCUGCCGUGCCCCCCACUUUAUGCCCACCCACAGCAGAGGGUGACUGCAAGGCGCAAAGGAACCCCCUCUGGUUGGCUGAGCUUCCUUGCCAGCGUGUGCCAACGCACCAGCCCCUGCCCUCUCUUGUCCUCCUUCUACCCAACAAUUGGAAGAGAACCGGGUGCUCAUCAUUGCUUUAUUGAUCAACUGGCAUUAAAUGCUCUUGCCUUAAAUGUAUUCCCAAUUGAUCUGAGCUCAGGCUUUGCACAGCUUCUGCCAAGCCUCCUAUAUUGUUCUGUGGCUGGUUUGCUGGGGAGAGAGAACAGGGCGUGUGUCCCAGUUCCGUGCCAAGCCAGGGCCCACGAGCCCCUUUAUAACUCUCCCUCCUCCUAGCACAAGGACUGGAUGACCCCGGUGUGCCCUUUGCGGGGCUUCCCUCCCACUUGACCCAGAAGCUGCGGUCAGGGCAGAACGAUUGCUGGCAGGAGAAAGGCCUUAUCUUCAAAUCUGCCCUGGUUCCCCAUUUACUACUGGGCCAGGUUCAAGGUGUUACAAUUAGCAUACAAAGCCGUUAACAAGCUUCGGACCACUUUACCUACGAGACUGCCUGACUCCUGAUUGCUUGUAAGAACAUGGCCAUUUAGUGUGGCACUUUGGAACUCCCUGCCUACUGAUAUCGAACAGGCGUCUUCGCUGCACUCUUUUCACUGCCUGCUAAAAACACUCUUGUUUGGGCAAGAUGCUGAGAAAUGCUGGUCCGACUUUUAACCUGUUUGAGUAUUUUUAGUCUUUUGUAUGUUCUAAACGUAUUCUUGCAUUCCAUCCCCCCCCCUAUUUUUUUGUUUUAUUCUUUUUUCAUAAAAUGCUUUGAGCCAUGGGUAGGCAAACUAAGGCACGGUGCCUGGAUCCGGCCCAAUCGCCUUCUAAAUUUGGCCCGUGGACAGCGUGUUUUUACAUGAGUAGAAUGUGUCCUUUAAUUUAAAAUGCAUCUCUGGGUUAUUUUGUGGGCAUAGGAAUUCGUUCAUUUCCCCCCCAAAAUACAGUCCGGCCCCCCACAAGGUCUGAGGGACAGUGGACCGGCCCCCUGCUGAAAAAGUUUGCUGACCCCUGCUUUGAGCUUUUUCGGCUUCUUUUUGCAAUCAAUUAUUUCAUGAAAUAAAUAGUGGCUGGUGUGGAGUGGAGCCCUUAUUCCUCACGAGGGCUUAGCAGGGAGGAGGCAGUGUGGGUCCCUUGGUUAGAGCAGGCAAGAGUUUUGCUUUUUAUUAUUAUUCCUGAGCAGUGUUGACUCAAAGGAGCAUCUCUGGGGGGCUUUAUGGGCUGCUUCCAGGAUCAAAUGCCACCAAAUACCAGUUGCUGGGAAACAGAGAUGGAGAGGGGCUUGGUUUUUUUGGGGGGGGGGUCUAUUGUGAUCCUGCCCUGCUUGUGGUCUUCCAAAGGCAUCUGGCUGGCAGAGCAAAGGCCUUUAGCUUGAUCCAGCUGCAGCAUUUUUCCUGACCAUCUUGGCUGUGGGUCCUGCCAGACAAAGCUUCUCACAAGGGCUGCAGAUUCUUGGGCCAGGAUAACGUUUAUGGGUUUUCAUUGGGGUCAAUAUUAAAUUGUGUGUGUGUGUGUGUGUAUAACACAAAUUUCAUGUUAUAACGUAUUUAAAACAGGCGCAACAGUUAUAACAACACAUGGAAAUCAAAAGACGUAAAACAAAACUAAAGAUAUUUACAUAGAAUGGGCACAGCUGUAGGUUGGUUAAAGUAACAAAGUCCAAGUAAGGACUGAUUGCCAAAGAAUGGAUGCUUUUGAAUUCUGGUGCUGGAGGAGACUCUUGAGAGUCCCAUGGAUUGCAAGAAGAUCUAACCUCUCCAUUCUGAAGGAAAUCAGCCCUGAGUGCUCACUGGAAGGACAGAUCCUGAAGCUGAGGCUCCACCUCAUGAGAAGAGAAGACUCCCUGGAAAAGACCCUGAUGUUGGGAAAGAUGGAGGGCCCAAGGAGAAGGGGAUGACAGAGGACGAGAUGGUUGGACAGUGUUCUCGAAGCUACCAGCAUGAGUUUGACCAAACUGCGGGAGGCAGUGGAAGACGGGAGUGCCUGGCGUGCUCUGGUCCAGGGGGUCAUGAAGAGUCAGACACGACUAAACAACAACAACAAUUUUCCUAGGAGGGCGUGGAAUAGGAGAAACGUUGGAGGGGAUGGAUUAGGAUGUCCCUCUUCUCAAGGGGAACACUGAUCUCGCCCAAGCUUUCUCUUUCUUUGCAGUUUUGGCUCCCCAGGUGCGGCCAGCUUCCCCCCCCCCGCCAGCACACAGCUGGAUUCAAUCUAAGCACCCUCUUCCGGAAUAAGGAACCACAGCUCCCAAAAAGAGAGGCGCAUUUCUCCACUGCAGAAACGCCUGAAAACAUCAAGGCUGCCAACGCCUCCCUUUCUGCUCUUUCCUUCUCAGAACACGGGCUUUUGGGACACUGGAAGAAUUCCUUUUGCACUUUUUCAAUUUCAUUUCACUUUUUAUUCGUAUGCAGUCUUUCCAUAUCGCUACACGCGAGGCGGUUUGCAAGCUGGGGAAACCACAGGAUGCGCGUCAAAGAUGGCGCACCAGUGCUGGGGCUGGCGAAAGAGGCAGAUGGACGGGCCCCCGGUUUGCAGAGCCUGCCCUAAUAAUAAUAAAAAAUAUUUUUUUAUUGAUACCCCACCCUUCCCGGGCUCGGGGCAGCUAACAACAAAUUUAAAACACUUAAUUGAUACAACAAAAAACAGCAUAAACUACAGUAUAAAACGUGAGUAACAAUAAAUUCAGAAUUCAAAAAUCAGUUUAGGGGGGAAAUCCAUCCAAUAAACAUUAGAUGAUGCCCUAGUGGCAGCGGGAGAGGGGCAGGCCCUUCCUAGCCUUUGCCCCCCCCCCCCAGGUCUGGCACGGGAGGGGCUGGCGCAGGCUGUUUGUUUUGAGAGCAAACAAUUCCUUCCUUUCCACCCUUUGUGGAACCCGCCCUGGCCAGCAACAGCGGUCAACACCCAGGGGUGGGUCCCCAGGCAGAGCGAGGGAGGCUGCACAUCUGGGGACAAGGGCAGGGGAGGGUUUACCCCCCCUCCCUCCUGCUCUGGCCUGGCAUCUUCUUAAGGGUUCCUGGUUUCUGCCCAAGGGCAGGCGGGCACAGCCUAUGGAAUGGACCUUGGGGUGCCUUGUCGCUGUUUUUUAACCCUCUCCCCCGCCCCCAGCUGCCAAGUUUAUGUAUUUUUAUCUCAUGAAAUUUAUACACCGCACAAUUCUUAUUUUUUUAAAACCUCAAAGCGGUUUACAAAAGAAUACAAGAUACAAGAAUAAAGUUAUCAGUAAGAAGCAUUUAAGGCCUUCAGGAUGUCAGAACAGCAAUAGACGAAAAACAGACCCAAACUCGCAUCCGCUAAGUAGGCUCUGCUUGUAUCAAGAGACAGGGAGUUCCAAAGGCUUAGGAUCUGGCCAACACUAAAAAAAAAGGGUUCGGAAAAAGGGUGAUCCGCCCUUGGGGGUCUAUAGGCCAGUUGUCCACAAGGCAGGUACAGAGUUUGGCUCUAGGGAAGCCCCAAGGCGGGGCCCAUCCAGGCGAGAAUCAGGAAAGAGCGGAGGGGCAGAGAGGAGACAGGCGCCGUGCGCUGCCUUUUGCUGUGAAAGGGCUUCUGCGAGCAUGUGCAGAGUGCCUCCCUUGGACCAGCCUUGAGAAAGAAGCCAGCGUGGCUUGCAAACGGGCUGAGACAGCCUUGAACCCCGGACCCCUCUCCGCUUUCCCUUUCAUGGUGAGGGGGCGGGGCUUAAGUCAGGAUUUGCAUAGUCGCAUCACGACGAGGUGGGCGGGCUGAGCGGACGGGCUAAUUUGCAUGCGGGGCCGCGCGCGGACCAAUAGCCUGCCUCGGUGGGCGGGGUCGGCAGAACUUUGUAAAUAACACCGGGCGGGGAGGGAAGGAAGGAGAGAGCGAGAGAGCGCGGCGGUGACGUGUUUGUCUUUGCAUAUUCAGGAGCGCGGAGCCAAUAAAAACCAGCGGAGGCGCGGGAGGCGGAGUUUUGCGGCGAGAAGAGCGCGCCGGCGGGGGAGGGGGCGUGUCUAUAUUUGCAUAUCGCAGAGCCGCGGGGGCGGGGCCGAGUCCAGCUGGACUCAAGGCGCGUGCGCGGAGGAGCCGAGGCAGCGGCGAGACGAGACGGGGCGUCCGCAGCGGAGAGAAGAGGCGGAUCGGGAGGAUCGGGCGGGGGGCUGGCGGAGGAGCAGCAGCAGCAGCAGCAGCCGGGGAGGGGCGGCCCAGGGCGGCAGCAGCGGAGGAGGAGGACCCGCGCCGGGCUCACCGUGGAUGCGGAGCCGGGAAGAGGCGGCGGAGGAGGCGUCGGAGCCCCGCCGCACCCGGGUAAGGCGAAGCGGGCAGGGAUGGGAUGCAGGGAUGGAUGGGGUGGGGGGGCUGGCAGGCAGGGGAGUCUCCCCUCCUCUCUCCUUCUCUCUCCCUCCUCUUUUUCCGCGCACCGACGACGCCCCCCUCCUCCCGCGACGCCUCUUUCCGGGGAUCCCCGCCGCCCCCGCCUUUCCGCAUCCCUCUCCCGCGCCCCCUCCCCUCCAACAGAUCCCUCCCUCCCUCCGCCUCGAGUGACAGCUGCGAAGGGCACAGGCCCACCUCUUGCUCCCCCCCCCCAAAAGGCAGUCUUGCUGGGAAAUCAAAGCGGACGGAGGGGAGGGAUCGCAUCUCUUUGGUCCCCCCCCCCCCGCAAGCGCGCCGCCUCCGCCUCCGGGGUUCGCUGCUUCCGUCGGCAGGCAGCGGCGCCCCCGGCUGGGCAGGGCUGCGCCCCUUCUGCCUCGCCGGCCCCCCGAUGGGGCCUCGCGGGAUCGUGGUCGGGGAGGGGGUGGGGAGCAGUUGCCCCACCCAGGCCUGGGCCGGGGGACGGGAGAAUGGGGCUCCCCCCUCGCCAAUACUUCAGGAUCGACGUAACUGGGUGGGUGGGGUUAAGAGGGAUUGCGCAGGGCCAGGCGUUUGGGGAGGGGGCCUUCGGGAAACCUGGCAAGCGCCGAGCGUCCCCUCCCCGUUGUUCCGGAGAGAUUCGGGAUGGAAUUCCCCCGCGGAUGCCAGGAAAAGGCCCAUGGGGGUAUUGGGGGGGCUUUCCCCCCAUUUGAGAAGUGCACAGGUUGGGUAACGGAAUAGGUGGUUUGUUUGGGAGGGGGUGUCAAAGUCAACGAACCUUAAGGGGGAGAGUCGUGGGGAGUUGGUUUCCCCGUGGCAAAAAACGACGUGAUGUGUCCUGCAAAUAAGUUGGGGAGCAUUAAUGACCUCCAUCACCCCAAAUGGCUGGUAGCAUCGGGUGGAGCCUCUCAAUUUCUCUGUUCUUGACUGUGGGUCACAGAUUGUUUUAAUUCUGGAUCCUAAAAAAAUAAAUGCAUGCCUAGGAGGCUGUUUGCACCCUUGGCAGGCAUGUAUUUGAAGGUUCCCCCCCCCCACAAGGGCUCCUUCAGGGCCUGUUGAUGACUGCAGGUGACUCCCAGUCUGAGAAGGUGGGUGAGUCCUGGCUUCCCUGGCUUAGAAUGAGCAUCUGGGUCUGAUCUUCACCCCAACUGCUGGAUUCGGAGGAGGCAUGUGGUUUGGGGUGGGGAGCUCCCUCUGCCCUCCAAGGCCUGACUUUUGAAAGGAUCUGCAGUAUAGAGCAGGUGGCCCCCAGCAAGCCACACCCGGCCCUUGCAGUGGGCAAAGGGGUCUGGGUGCUAAUGACGCUUCGGCGUUCCCUGGGCAGAGCCCCAAUGCGGAGUCUGCCCUCUUCCCCUGGGUGCCCAGGGCUUGGGGAGAUUCUCCCUUGGCUAUUUUGAGGCCAGUCUAGAGCCCCACCCUGGUUUUAUUUUUCCAGCUUCUCAACUUGCUUCUUUCAAGAUAAACUUGGAGUUCAUCUUGUCCCAGGCCCCUCUGUGUCCAGGAACUGCUUUGUUUAAAAUGUCGUGCCUCAGGUUAGAUGGCAAGAUAAAAGCAUGGGCGCCUCUGAACAUGUGCAAAGUGAAUUUCUAAUGCCCACCGACCCUGGUGCAUCUGGGACUUGUGAGUGUCUUGCUUCCAGAUGUUCCUGUAUUGAGCCUCACCUCAGAGACAAUCUCUCCUUAAAGGCCAGCCCAGGUUUGGAUGUUCAGGUCAGAGGUGGGGGUCAAAAGAAAAGCCGUUGCUGCGAGUCGGUGUAGACAACACUGCUUUGUAUGCAACAGGGUCCUGGCUAGGGUUAAGGAAUCUUCCAGCCUUCCUCUCAUUUUUCUGCAAAAUCUUAGCCAGGGGGAAGAGAGACUUGGAGUGGAUUUGGAGAGCGCAGUAGCUCCUCAAGCAGAGCCUUGCGAAAUGACAAGCACUUGUCAAGAGUGCCUCUGAGCACAUUCAGCGCUCUUUUCCUUUCUCCGCUAAACAUCUCCUUGGGCUCUGCUUGGAGGACGUUCUUCCUGUGGCACCUCCAACUCAACAUGCUUCUUUUUAGAAGAAGAAGGAAAAAAUACUCCUUGAGAAUCUGCCUCUCCAUUCUACCCCAACCAGUGAUUUUAGACUCUCUGGCUUUGCUCACUUCCAGAUGCAGCUAGACAGCUGUGCUGCGUUUUGUGGGGGGGGGGAGUGCUCCCCACUUUAGAAUAUAUAUGUCAGAGCCUGGGGACGCGGGUGGCACUGUAGGUUAAACCACAGAGCCUAAGACUUGCCAAUCAGAAGGUCGGCGGUUCGAAUCCCCGCAAUGACGGGGUGAGCUCCCGUUGCUCGAUCCCAGCUCCUGCCAACCUAGCAGUUCGAAAGCACGUCAAAGUGCAAGUAGAUAAAUAGGUACCACUCCGGCGGGAAGGUAAACGGCAUUUCCGUGCGCUGCUCUGGUUCGCCAGAAGCGGCUUAGUCAUGCUGGCCACAAUAGCUGUACGCUGGCUCCCUCGGCCAAUAAAGCGAGAUGAGCGCCGCAACCCCAGAGUCGUCACGACUGGACCUAAUGGCCAGGGGUCCCUUUACCUUACCAUAGGAUGCUGCCUCGUUCAGAAUCACACCAUUGAUCCACCCAGCUCAACAUUGUCUGCAGGAGCGAUGGGGUUCCUUUGCUUCUCUGGAGGUCGAUGGCCUCCCAGCCCCACCAGCCCGGUGUGGCCAUGGGUGUGGCAUCCAGGAAUUCCUGGAGUGGUCUCCACAGGUACCCCAGCCCUGGCCGGCAGCGGCCCCCUCAAGAAUCCCGGGCAGGGAGAUUCUCAUCCUGACUUGGAUGUGAUGUUAGGCAUUGAGUCUGGGUCCUGCACUCAGGCUCUCGGUUGCUUCGCUAUGGCCUCUUCCCAAAUGGAGAGGCAUUUUGCACAUGCCCAGAGGUACCCCACCAAGCCCUGGCACUGAACAUGAGCUGCUUUGGAGUACUCUGAAAAGACACUUCUCCCUCCUUGCAAAGAUGCUCUUACUGUUUGGGGGAGGAAAAGGCAAUGAGCAGAACAGACGGCGAUGGAUCCAGCCAGGGCUAGUCUAAGGGAGGUUCCAGCUGUGGCCUUGGGGUGUGGGGAGCCCCCCGACCUUUAUCACCGUGGCUCUGACCCUGACCCUACUCUGAGUAGGCGGGAGCAGCCCAAGGCCCCAUGGCAAGAGCUUCCAGAGACCCUUUUCCCAGAGGGCCAAAAGGUGUGACUCUGCUGCUUAUGGGGCAGUUUCGAAAGGAACCCCUCUGCCUUGGUUAGCAGCUGAUGGGGUUUGGGGGGCCGGCAUCCGAGACAGGGGAUUGUUUCCCUGCCCCUCCCAUGUCUGGACGCAGAAGGGCAGCCGAGUUCAUGGCUUCCCAGACCACGGGCAGGAGGCAGGAAACUGGGAAAUAAUCUGCAAUUAUUGCUGCCCAUUAAGGCGGCCCAAUUAGCUCCGGAGAGGCGCAGCUGCUGUUUCUUUGCCGCUGUCCUCCGCUGGGGGAGCGGAAGGACUCCUGGGGUCUCCCCUGGUGACGCAAGGGGAGAUGGGAGCUAGGAUUCCUGGGUUCUCUGCUGAGGGGGAGCAGUGUAUGGACAGGCCAGGCUGCAGUACAAGGGCGGAGAAUCUGGCUCCUGAGAUUUUCUGGUCUGUUUGGAGCAGACACAGUGGGCGGGAGGGAAAGAGGAGUCUGUUCCAGUUUGGCAGACAGUGCAUGUGAGUCAUUGGGCAUCUGUUUCGCAAUUAUUAUUUUUUGAAGUGGGGGGGGGAUUGUCCUCUCCCUAACCCUACGGGGCUGGUCACUCUUGUUCCCAUUUUGCAGACGGGGUGAUGAGAUCUGUUGUAGCUUCUCCCUUUGGGUGCACCGCCCUUUAGAAGCCUGUUGGAUCAGGCCGUACAGAACAGUCCAGCGUCCUGUUUUCACGGGGGGGGGGCAGCCAGGUGCCCCUUUUGGGAAACCCGCAAGCAGGAAUUGAGCACGGAAGCACUCAGCCUUCCUGUGCAUUCCAGCAACUAAUAUUCAGAAGUAUUGCUUCCUCUGGCUGUGGAGCAGAGCACAGCCAUGGUAGGUUAUAGCCGUCAAUCGCCAUCUCCCCCUUCCAUGAAUUGGUCUAAUCCUCUUUUAAAGCCAUAUACCUGUAGUUUGUUUGUGGCCAUCGCUUCCUCUUGUGGGAAGGAGUUCCACAGUCUAACCCUGUGCUGCAUGGAGAAGGACUUUCCAAAUGUCUAUUAAAAAUAAUAAUAAUAAAUUUUAUUGAUACCCCACCCUCCCUGGCCAGAGCCGGGCUCAGGGCGGCUAACACCAAUAAAAUCACAGUAAAAACAUAAGGGGGGGGGGGAAGAAACCCAAUUUAAAAUACAGGUAAAAAUGCAAUUUAAAAUGCAGCCUCAUUUUAAUAGUAGCCCAUGGAUCAAAACCGUAAGGGGAGGGAAACAUAAGGGUCAGACUGAGUCCAAACCAAAGGCCAGGCGGAACAGCUCUGUCUUGCAGGCCUUGCGGAAAGAUGUCAAGUCCCACAGGGCCCUAGUCGCUUGUGACAGAGCGUUCCACCAAGUCGGGGCCAGUACUGAAAAGGCCCUGGCCCUAGUUGAGACCAAUUUAACCUCCUUGAGGCUUGGGACCUCCAAAGUGUUGUUAUUUGUGGACCUUAAGGUCCUCUGUGGAGCGGUCCUGUAGGUACGAGGGUCCUAGGCUGCAUAGGGCUUUAAAGGUCAAAACCAGCACCUUAAACCUGACCCUGUACUCCACCGGGAGCCAGUGCAGCUGGUAAAGCACUGGAUGAAUGCGAUCCCGCGGCAAGGACCCCGUGUUGCUUCUUCCUCGACUUUUCCCAAAACCCAACGACCCAAAAUGCUGCAACCUUUUUUCCUUAGGGAAUCCCUCUGUCGUCCCUCCCCCACCCCGCCUUGUUCCAAUUGGCUGCUCCUUCCUUUAUUUGCAGCCCCCACCCACCCACUUCCAUGCUGGGGGAGGGGAAGCUUCCUGUAAUGGGCAGCCUUUUGUGGGGUGGGGGUCCCACAGAUCUUACACGCCGCCGGGUCAAGUCUGGGGCUGACUCCCCAUGUCAUCCUCCUGAAAGAGGGGUGGGGGCGAAGGCAGACUUGAGACUCUCCCCCAGCUUGUCCCCACUGGGGGUCUUGUAUGGGAGAGAAUCUCCCAGCCAUGGGGCCUACGUCUUGCCUGGAUGAGGGGCUCUGCCACCCCCUUCCAGCUGAGCCCUGCCAUUCCGUGGGGCUGUGAUGGCUCUAAGUCAGGGGUCAGCAAACUUUUUCAGCAGGGGGCCGGUCCACUGGGGGUCAGUCAGACCUUGUGGGGGCGCCGGACUAUAUUCUGAAAAAAAAAUAAUGAACAAAUUCCUAUGCCCCACAAAUAACCCAGAGAUGCAUUUUAAAUAAAAGGACACAUUCUACUCAUGUAAAAACACGCAGAUUCCCGGACCGUCCGUGGGCUGGAUUUAGAAGGCGAUUGGGCUGGAUCUGGCCCCCGGGCCUUAGUUUGCCUACCCAUGCUCUAAGUGGCUCAGAGGCGAUGACUCCCCAGAUCUCCGUGGUUCGCAGGGAGCCUUCUGCUUUGCUUUUGCUCCCCAGCAAUCGGCUUUAAAAUGGGUGGGUGGGACGAGAGACUGUUUCUGGGGCAGGCUGGGGCAAGGCGCGACGACCCUAGUGAGUGGGGAGGUGCCCAGGUUGUGGGGUGAGGAUCCUGGUCUGUGGCAGCCCAGAGUCGCCGCCGAGUUGGGGGUCUGCGAUUGCUCUGAUCCACAGUGGGGCCCAGUCGGCAGAGCGUGAGGCUCUUAAUCUCACAGUCGUGGGUUCAAGCAUUGGACAAAAAAUUCCUGAAUUGCAGCGGGUUGGACUAGAUGACUCUCGUGGUCCCUUCCAGGAUUCUGUCCUUCCCUGGCGCUGCUGUGGAUGGCAGCCGGAAUCUAUCCCUGACCGAGGGAGCUGUGGCCUUUGCCCAAGGCAGUGUCUCUCGUCUGGCUGCCAAAGGGCGAAGGCUGGGAAUCCCAGGCGUGGAUCUAGAGGGCGGGGGGUCGUUGCCCCCACAAGAGGGUGUUGAUGCUGAGAGGGGAAGCAGCUCAGACACAGAACAGCUGCUCUGCCUGUAGAAGGUCUCAGGUUCAGUCCCAAGUAGCCUUGCCUUUUCUGAAACUCUGUUGCUGGAAGUCAGGGUAGGCAAUACUGAGCUACCUGGACCGAUGGCCUGGCUCUGUAGAAGUAAUAAUAAUAAUUAUAAUAAUAAUAAUAAUAAUAAUAAUUUAUUAUUUGUACCCCGCCCAUCAGGGAAGCUUCAUGACUUGAUCCUUCUCCACCUCGUUACACUCCAAGGAGUGCAAAAGGGAAACAGGUGACCUCAGAGGUUCUAAGAAGUUUUUUUUUUAGGCUUGCCAGGGAACUGAGCAAGUUGCUUUGAUAUUGGACUGGGAUACGAAAGCCACUUUCCCCCAGAAAUAUGGUUGGACCAAGGCGGUGCUGAGUGCACUGGCUCUGGAGCCCUUUAUAAAGUAAUAGCUGUGCUUCAGCCCAGGUCCCCUCCCUCCUGGGCUGCAGGAAUCAUAAAGUCACAGAAUCUUACAGCUGGAAGGGACCCUGGGGUCAUCUAGUCCAACCCCCUGCAAUGCAGGGAUCUCAGCUAAAGCAUCCAUGACAGGUGUCCAUCCAACCUCCACUUAAAAACCUCCAAGGAAGGAGAGUCCACCACCUCUCGUGGGAAUCUGUUCCACAGCUCUUACUGUCAGAAUGUUUUUCCGAAUGUUUAGUCGGAAUCUCCUUUCUUGUAACAUGAAGCCAUGGGUUCGAGUCCUAUCUUCCAGAGCAGGAGAAAACAAGCUUGCUCCAUCUUCCAUGUGACAGCCCUUAAGAUAUUUGAAGAUGGCUAUCCUAUCUCCUCUCAGUCGCCUCUUUUCCAGGCUAAACAUACCCAGCUCCUUCAACCGUUCCUCAUCAGGCUUGGUUUCCAGACCCUUGAUCAUCUUGCUUGCCCUCCUCUGCCCACCUUCCACCUUGUGAGCAUCCUUCUUAAAUUGUGGUGCUCAGAACUGGACACAAUAUUCCAGGAAGGGCCUGACCAAGGCAGAAGAGAGCAGGACCAUGACUAAUAAUAAUAAUAAUUUAUUAUUUAUACCCUGCCCAUCUGGCUGAGUUUCCCCAGCCACUCUGGGCGGCUCCCAAUCAAGUGUUAAAAACAAUACAGCAUUAAAUAUUAAAAACUUCCCUAAGCAGGGCUGCCUUCAGAUAUCUUUUAAAAAUAAGAUAGCUGCUUAUUUCCAUGACAUCUAAUGGGAGGGCGUUCCACAGGGCAGGUGCCACUACCAAGAAGGCCCUCUGCCUGGUUCCCUGUAACCCCACUUUGAGUGAGGAGGGAGCCACCAGAAGGCCCUCAGUGCUGGACCUCAGUGUCCGGGCUGAAUGAUGGGGAUGGAGACGCUCCUUCAGGUAUACAGCACUGAGGCCAUUUAGGGCUUUAAAGGUCAGUACCAACACUUUGAAUUGUGCUCGCAAACGUACUGGGAGCCAAUGUAGGUCUUUCAAGUCAGGUGUUAUGUGGUCUCGGCGGCCGCUCCCAGUCCCCAGUCUAGCUGCCACAUUCUGGAUUAGUUGUCGUUUCCGGGUCACCUUCAAAGGUAGCCCCAUGUAGAGCGCGUUGCAGUAGUCCAAGCGGGAGAUAACCAGAGCAUGCACCACUCUGGCGACACCCACUGUCAGCACUGCAGGGUUGUUGUGUUGCAAUGGGGUCUCUCUUAGGUGUCUCCCUCCCCUUGGCAGCCUGGGCUGGACUGAAGGGGGAGAGCAGGAGACAACCUAGCUGAUCUCCGUGCCUCCGGGAAAACUCUCCAGCGGAGAUAUGGAUAAUGGUGGUGCUUCUCUUCCUCUCCACCCCCACCCCCUGCUUUCUCCUAGAAGGCUGAGUGAUGCGCAGAGAGGAUGAAAGCCAUGAAAGCCGAUAAAAGCUGUUCCGCUAAUGGGCCAGGGUGGAGGAGGCAGGCAGGAAGCCAGGAGGGAGGCGCUGGUGCAGAUACCAAAUGCAGGAAGUGGGGGGGGGGGACACACGUCCCUUUGGACCCGGCUUAGAAGGGCAUCUGCUUCCACGAUCAUAGAAUCUCAAGGGUCCCCCAAAGGUCCUCUAGUCCAACCCCCUGCAAUGCAGGAAUCGCAGUGGAAUAAUUCCUGACAGGUGGCCGUCAAACCUCUGCUUGAAAGCCUUCAAGGAAGUUCUUCCUAAUGUUUAUUCGGAAUCUCCUUCCUUGCAAUUCGAACCCAUCGUUUCGGCUCCUCCCCCCUGGAGCCAUAGAAAGUGAGCUUUGCUCCAUCUUCUUCCCCCUGAGGGUCCUUCAGGUAUGUCACCUUUCCUUCCUGAACCUGCGAGGAUCUGCAUGGACCAUCCGUCCUGGGGCUCCUGCAGCACCAGAUGCCAGGAUUUGGCCCCAGGAGAUACUGGCUAAAUCUCAAAGAAGCGUAACAGCAAGCAUGCACAGAGUGCCGGGCAGGUGUGGAGGACUCCCUGGUCCUGAAUGGGGAAACUGUGCCCCUGAAGGACCAGGUGCGCAGCCUGGGAGUCAUUUUGGACUCACAGCUGUCCAGGGAGGUGCAGGUCAAUUCUGUGUCCAGGGCAGCUGUCUACCAAUUCGAUCUGGUACACAGGAUGAGACCCUACCUGCCCGCAGACUGUCUCGCCAGAGUGGUGCAUGCUCUGGUUAUCUCCCGCUUGGACUACUGCCAUGCGCUCUACGUGAGGCUACCUUUGAAGGUCACUCGGAAACUACAACUAAUCCAGAAUGUGGCAGCUAGACUGGUGACUGGGAGCGGCCGCCGAGACCACAUAACACUGGUUCUGAAAGACCUUCAUUGGCUCCCAAUACGUUUCCGAGCACAAUUCAAAGUGUUGGGGCUGACCUUUAAAGCCCUAAAGACCUCGACCAAGUAUACCUGAAGGAGCAUCUCCACCCCAUCAUGUGGCUCAGACACUGAGGUCCAGCUCCAAGGGCCUUCUGGCGGUUCCUUCUCUGCGAGAAGUGAGGUUGCAGGGAACCAGGCAGAGGGCCUUCUCAGUGGUGGCACCCGCCCUGUGGAACGCCCUCCCACCAGAUAUCAAGGAAAUAAACAACUACAGUGGUACCUCGGGUUACAUGCGCUUCAGGUUACAUACUCUCCAGGUUACAGACUCUGCUAACCCAGAAAUAGUACCUUGGGUUAAGAACUUUGCUUCAGGAUGAGAACAGAAAUCGUGCAGUGGUGGCACAGCAGCAGGGGGAGGCCCCAUUAGCUAAAGUGGUGCUUCAGGUUAAGAACAGUUUCAGGUUAAGAAUGGACCUCCGGAACGAAUUAAGUACGUAACCAGAGGUACCACUGUACCUGACUUUUAGAAGACAUCUGAAGGCAGCCCUGUUCAGGGAAGUUUUUCAUGUUUGAAGUUUUAUUCUUUUUUUAGUAUUCUGUUGGGAGCUGCCCAGAGUGGCUGGGGAAACCCAGCCAGAUAAGUGGGGUAUAAAUAUUAUUUUUAUUAAUAUUAUUAUUAUUACUACUAGUAGUACUACUACUUAGUGAGGGAGUGUGGGGGGGGGUGAGGUUUGCGCAUGACCCACCGCAGAGUUUUCUGAGUCUUGCUGUUGACUCCUGAAAAGACGCAAUUCAUGAGCCCCAGCACCUAUUACAACUCACUCUAGCCUCUGUCCUAGCUCUGAGACUCACCCCACCACCGUCUCUUGGUUUUGUCCUGGGCUUGAAGGUCCCUGGAGGAGGACACCUCCUCUCCCCCCCCCCUUUAGAGGGGGCACAUCUGAGGACACCCCCCUCUCCCGGCCCCCCCUCUUUGCUUGUCUGGGACUGGCUCCCAUCUGCUGAGCCAGCGGCUGGUGGCAGCUGAGGAAACAAUUCCACCGUCCGUCGCGCCCCCCCCCUUCUGCCUUUCGGCCAAAUGUUUGCCCAGCCCCAGUACAGCUGGUGUGCUUGGACCAGGCACUGGGAUGGGGGCAUAGAAACCGGGGAGGCGGCUUGACAGGACACACACACAGCUGUUGGCUCCCCAAACCCAUUCAGGGACAGCUGUCUUGCCCGGCAACGGGUUCAGGGGGGGUGGGGGCCUUGCAGGAUGCUCUUUUGUUUCAAACAGGUCUGGUGCAGCUGUUGCAAGGGAAAGUUUGACUUUGCAAAAAAAGGGGGGCUGUCUUUAAACCAGCCCCCCUCCCCAUUCCCUGUAGAAUCUAUUUUUUAAAACCUUUUUUUAAUUCAGAAUUAAAGCAAAACAUAUUAUCCAGAAACAUAUCAUCCUUAUUUCUCCCCCAUUUUUCCUCCCUCCCUCCCCCCACCCUCCCACACAACUCCACCCCCACCCCGGCUGCCCUCAGUUCCGGCCUCUGAUUUCUCUAAGAAUGCUGUUUUCUGCAUGUUAUAGAUCCUCAAACUAUUUAGCUGAUUAUCAUCAAUAAAAAGUUUGUGAUUGUUUAUUCAGAGCCAGCCAAGGAGUCCAGUUCGCUUUGUUGCGUCUUCAAAUACUUUGUAAAGGGUUCCCAUUCAUCUUUAAAGUCACCGUUAUCUUUGUCCCGUAGCUUAUAUGUCAAUUUUGCCAGUUCUGCAUAGUCCAUCAAUUUUUCUUGCCGCGAUUCUUUAGUCGACGGUUCUUCAGUCUUCCAUCCUUGUGCUACCAGAACUCUCGCGGCCGUUGUCGCAAACAUGAAGAUGUUUUUCAGCUUUUUGGGCAGAUCUUUCCCUACAAUCCCCAACAAAAAUGCCUCGGGUUUUUUAACAAAUGUUAAAUGGAAUUCCCUGUAGAAUCUACUUGGAGGUCUCCAUUCGUUUUCUCUGCUCCUCUGCGCACCCCCCAUCUGCACAAGAGGGGUCAGAGUUACGGGGGGGGGGCUGUACCAGCCCACUGUCUGUACCCCUUUUGUGUGUCUCCGCAGCCGGCCGUCUGGUGGGGGUUGGGGGGGAAAGAUUGGCUUUGUGGCCAUUGUGUGGGGCACACGCGUCACACAAAAGAGAACACUCCAUCUCCCCCCCCCACUCCUGCUUGUCCUCUUCUGUUGUCCUCGUCUGGCUAUUUUGGUGGGGGGGUGUGCCUUUAACAGCUGGCCGGGGCCAUCUGUGAGAUGAGAGGAGCCGUGGGGUUGCGGCCGCCGUGGGGAGGGAGGGAGGUAUCUGCAAGCAGCAGAGCGGCUGGUGCAGCAGGCAGAGGGGUCUCUGCGAACUUCCUCUGCAGCGCAAGAGUAAGAAUGAGGAUCCGCGGUUUCCCUCUGUUGUUGGGGUUGGGCUGGAUGACCCCAUGGGGUCCUUUCCAACUCUUCAAUUCUGUGAAUUGCAGGGAUUCCUGCUAGAGGGGGAGGCGACAGCUCCUGACCACAAUUCAAUGACCUGGGAAGGAGCCUUGGCAGUUAGCGGAGUUGGUAAGGGCACGGUGAUGACGCAUAGGCCAUGGGUUUGAUUCCCGUGUGGGUGCAUUUUCCUUCAUUGCAGCGGGUUGGACUAGAUGACCCAGGGCUCCCUUUCCAGCUCUAGGAUUCUGUCAUUCUAAACAACCCCAUUGGAUUUGGGGCGGGUGGCCAGGGAAUGUUGCAGCACUCGGAGAAAAAAGCAAGUGAGAGAAAGGGGGAAGAGAAAAGUUGCUCUCCCUCUCUCUCCUUCGCCAGUGCAAACGGUGGAACUCCUUGCCACUGGAGGCAGAGAUGGCCACCAACAUGGGUUGCUUUAAAAUAUCGUGUUUUUUCGCUCCAUAAGACGCACCUGACCAUAAGACGCACCUAGUUUUUAGAGAAGGUAAACAAGAAAAAAAAUAUUCUGAACGAAACAGUGGGUGUAUGAUUUUUGUGGUUCAUGCUGUGGUCACAGACAUGUGAUUUGACAGUGAGUUUGGGGUACCCAGUGCAAAAAUCCUGAGGAUUCAUGUGGAUCCGUGCUUUGUAACCACAUUUUUGUGCCAUUGCGGUCCCACAAAACAGUGGGUGCGUGAUUUUUUUGGUGCAGGCUGUAGCCAUGGACAUGCUAUGUGAUCUGAUGGUGAAUUUGGGAUGACCCAAUGAAAAAAUCUUGAGGAUCCAUGGGCUUUUACCUCCCCCCUCCCAGACCGUCCCUUAUCUCUCUUCUGAUCCCACCGAUCAGCUGUUUCCUUUCAACACUCCCUUCCCUCUUAGUGUCUUUCCCCUUAGUGUCUUUUCCUUAGCUGGAGCAGUUUUUCUCUCCUCCUUUUCUUCUAAUUUCUCUCCUUAUUGCUUUAGUCUUCCUGUUUUCCCCCUUUGCAAGUUCGCUGUCUUUACCUCCCCUUUCCCAGGCAGCCUCCUUUAUUGCUAGCGUCCCUUAUCUCCCUCCCCGAUCGCUUGCCCAUCAGCGGCUUUGUUUCAACACCCACUUCCCUCUUUCAAAAAAAAAAGCAUGAUCCGCUUUUCUCCCCUGGGCAAUUCGGCUCCAGGGAUAACACAUUCGCUCCAUAAGACGUACAGACAUUUACCCUUACUUUUUAGGAAGAAAAAACUGUGUCUUAUGGAGUGAAAAAUACGGUAGGACUAGACGAAUUCAUGGAACAAUCCCAGUUGCUGGAAACCGCAUAUGGGGAGAGAACUCUUGUGCCCGGAUCCUGCUGCCGGAGAAGAGGCUGCUGGGCCAGAGGAGCUUCCUUGGGCCUGAUCCAGCUGUCCUUCUAUCCAAGGCCUCUUGCUCAACUCCUGAGCAUAGCUGUCAAUGUUUCCCUUUUUUAAAAGGGAAAUUCCCUUAUUCCGAAUAGGAUUCCUUGCAAGAAAAGGGAAAAGUUGACAGCUAUGCUUCCUGAGUGAUGGCUCUUUUUGGCUUCAUGGCCUCUCUGCCCCCUCCCCCCGCCCCCCAAGAAAUCCUACCCUCGAUCCACCCCAGGGGAUGCAGACUGUGGCUUGGAGCCCUUUGUGGAGAAUGUGGGGCAGGAGCUGACCGCUCCCCAGGCGAUGGCUAAGUAGCUUUGACCUUCUGGCCUUGGGCCGGGUCAGGGGGGAGCAGCUGGUGGCACCCAGCCCCUUUCUCUGCAAAGACGGCCACUUCUCCUCUUUGGUGGGGCUCCUCUGCGCUUAGCAGCCUUGCUGCAGGAAGAAAUGUGCUGUCUGCAGAGGCCCCUCCAGGAGGAAAAGGGGCAACCAUUUUCCCCUCCCCCUGCAAAGGAGCAGGUGGGGUGGGGGUCCUGCUAUGUUGUACCAUUUGCAGGUUUAAUGCUCAACUGUGUCAGGGGGCUUAUUGAAGAACCUCAGGAGUUCAGUGCUAGGACUUUGCCUUGCGAGACUGCUCCUGAGCACGUGGGAAGUGCCUUUCCGCCCGUGUUUGAAAUUUGUUGGGCACAUUUUGCACCUGGCUACCAGCCACUUGGGGUGCGAGUGGCGCUGUGGGUUAAACCGCAGAGCCUAGGACUUGCCGAUCAGAAGGUCGGUGGUUCAAAUCCCGGCGACGGGGUAAGCUCCCGUUGCUCGGUCCCUGCUCCUGCCAACCUAGCAGUUCGAAAGCACGUCCAAGUGCAAGUAGAUAAAUAGGUACCGCUCCGGCGGGGAGGUAAACGGCGUUUCCGCGCGCUGCUCUGGUUCGCCAGAAGCGGCUUAGUCCUGCUGGCCACAUGACCCGGAAGCUGUACGCCGGCUCCCUCGGCCAAUAAAGCAAGAUGAGCGCCGCAACCCCAGAGUCGGCCACGACUGGACCUAAUGGUCAGGGGUCCCUUUACCUUUACCUUUACCAGCCACUUGCUGCCACCAAGUGGUGUCUGUCACCUGACAUUUCCACUAUCUAGAGAUGCCUGCCUGGUGCAAAAUUCGACGAUCUGGACUGUUUUCCCACACCAGCGACACGUCCUGUCGAAUUCUGUCCGUGAUACUUUGUCUGCACCUUCAGAACGAAUUUCAGGAACCCAAAAUGUCAUAUUGAAAAUUUCAGCUUUCCAGCCAAAUGGCAACCAGCCGUUCCGUUUUGGCGUCUGGAAACCCUGAUUUAAGAACCCACCUGGCUUAUAUACCGGAGUUUCUAACCAUCCCCUGGCCUCUGUCUGUGCAUUCCUGGGUCUUCCAGGGUCCUAGGUCUCCCCCUAGCAGCUCCCGUCCUGGCUGCAAGGACUAUGUGUGUGUGUGUGUGUGUGUUUUCUUUCCUCUGCCUGCGAUUGAGGCGUCCCAGUUAAAUCAGCCAAGGCAAGAUCAAGGGUGUGUGUGUGUGUGUGUGUGUGUGUGUGCAUCCUCAGAGAUGGUUAUAAAAGCCCCGGCUCCCUGAUGCUCCUUUGAUCUUGGGGAUGUGAAAUUUGCUGGAGAUUCGCCUCCCAGUAAAUCCUUGCCAGAAGGGCGGGGGGAGGCAAAACGCCCCCACCCCCUUGCUGUGUUUCUUUUUUAAAAAAAAUAUCAUCUUUAUUAAUUUAAAAUACCAUCUUACAAAUGGUUACAGCAAAGUUAAACGCGAAAAUGAAAAAAAAGAUAAAGAAAAUAAAAAUAAGGAGCAUAAAAGAAUUAACGACAACAAAAGAAUAUCAGUUAAAAAGCCAGUUAUUUAUAAUGAUAUUAUCCUAGCAGAAUCGAAAGAUACUUGUGUAUAACAAACAAAUGGAAUAAAUAUCUUAGAGGAAUAUACAGAAAAGGCUAUAAUACAAACUGUGCGAUAAAAUGAAGACAAUACAGUGGUACCUCAGGUUAAGUACUUAAUUCGUUCCGAAGGUCCGUUCUUAACCUGAAACUGUUCUUAACCUGAAGCACCACUUUAGCUAAUGGGGCCUCCCGCUGCUGCCGCGUCGCCGGAGCACAAUUUCUGAUCUCACCCUGAAGCAAAGUUCUUAACCUGAAGCACUAUUUCUGGGUUAGUGGAGUCUGUAACCUGAAGCGUAUGUAACCCGAGGCACCACUGUAUAAAAAAGUACAACGAGAAGGAUUGGAAGUUUCUUCCAGGAGACGUUAUUGGAGAAGAUAUGAUAUUAUAUAAACACCUUGCUGUGUUUCACUCCCAGUGGGACUGGGGGCGGGGGGAGACCCCCGGGGUUAUUAACCCUUGCUCUGCCAGAGGCUUCUGGGUCUUCUGAGAUUUUGGUUAGCUGCAUCCUGGGGUCAUCCUGGCACAGUGGCGUAGCGUGGGGGGUGCAGGGGGGGCCGGCCGCACCGGGCGCAACAUCUGGGGGUUAGGGUUAGGGGGCGCAAAUCCACGGGUUAGGGGGUGCAAAUCCAUGGGUUAGGGGGCGCAAAUUACUUGCCUUGCCCCGGGUGCUGACAACCCACGCUACGCCACUGUCCUGGCAGCCCUCCCUGCUGUGAGUCCUGCCUCCCCCUCUCUCUCCUUUGGGGUCCUCAGGGAUGCUGAGCGCGGCCUUUUCCCUCCCUGCCCCCUUUGCAGGCCCGGGGGGGUCAGCGAUGAACAAGCUGCGGCAGAGCCUGAGGCGCAAGAAGCCAGCCUACGUCCCGGAGGCCAGUCGCCCCCACCAGUGGCAGGCCGAUGAGGAAGCCGUCCGGAAGGGGCGAUGUAGUUUCCCAGUGCGGGUGAGUCUGGCGAGGGGCGCCGGGAGGGGGGGGAGUUGGAGGGAGCAGAAGGAGGGGGGGUGCCUUUAUUUUACCUUAUUUUGUGAGAUCUAUACGCCGUUUGUUUUAAAGGCGCGACAGCUCCAAAGCCGCUUACAGGAAGAAUGAAACACGAUCCGUACAAAUACCGUAUUUUUCGCUCUACAAGACGCACCAGACCACAAGACGCACCUAGUUUUUGGAGGAGGAAAACAAGGAAAAAAAUAUUCUGAAUCUCAGAAGCCAGAACAGCAAGAGGGAUCGCUGCGCAGUGAAAGCUUCUGGGAUUGCUGCGCAGCCUGCAUUCGCUCCAUAAGAUGCACACACAUUUCCCUUUACUUUUUAGGAGGGAAAAAGUGAGUCUUAUAGAGCAAAAAAUACGGUAACUCCUUGAAAUAUUCGGAAGGUAAAAUUGGGCAAUGGAUGGAAAACGGAUCAAAACUCACACAAGUCUCGGGAAGGCUUUUCCCAAACGGAAAUGGUUUUUUGGUGGUACCCCCCCCCCCCAUUUUUUUAUUGAUUUUCCAUAUUUAUAAACAAACAAAAAUCUUAUAUGUAAUAAUUCCACUUUUGUUUACAUUGUUGGAUAACUUCCUCGACUCCCCCAAGCUGAGUUUCAAUGUAUAUCAUUGCAACAGUUUUCCAAAAAUAUUUUCCCAUAAAAUUUACUUAGGCAAUUAACAUCUUUCUUUUCAUUUUCACUUUAGACAUACUAUUCUAUAACAUCACUUAUUUAAAUCCUAGGCCAGUCUGGUGCUCGCAAAUAUUUCUAUUUAGAUUAUCUUAGCAUAUUUGGUUAAAUAGUCUUUAAAUUUCUUCCAUUCCUCCUGGUACUCCAGGUUUUGUUUUUUUGUUUUUUUGCCAAGCACUGCAAAUUGUAUGGUAUAUCAAGAGGCAGGGAGUUCCACAGGGCUGCGCUGCCGCACUCAGGAUCACAUACUAAUAGUUACCCUUUGAAUUUGGCCCUGUGGCAAAUCGGGAACCAGCGUGGAUCUCUGGGCAGCAAUGCUUUGACGUUGGUGACAGGGACUUGCUCCCGUCAGCAAUCGUGCUGCAACAUUCUGCCUGCAGCUUCCAGAUCAGGCGCAAGGGAAGCCCCACAGAGAGGGCACUGUGGCAGUCCAGUCUUGAAGAAACCCGUGCAUGAACUUCUGUGGCCAAGCUUUCCUGGUCCUGGAAUGGUUUCAGGUCCUUUGGGGAUCUUUCAUCACUUUGCCGGGUCCAGAUCCCAGCUCAGCGCCUUUUCUCAGCAGGAGAUAACUAGAGCAUUCACCACUCUGGUAAGACAGUCCGCAGGCAGGUAGGGUCUCAUCCUGCGUACCAGAUAGAGCUGGUAGACAGCCGCCCUGGACACAGAAUUGACCUGCGCCUCCAUGGACAGCUGUGAGUCCAAAAUGACUCCCAGGCUGCACACCUGGUCCUUCAGGGGCACAGUUACCCCAUUCAGGACCAGGGAGUCCCCCACACCCGCCCGCCCCCUGUUCCCCCAAAAACAGUACUUCAGUCUUGUCAGGAUUCAACCUCAAUCUGUUAGCCGCAUCUAGACUGGUGACUGGGAGUGGCCGCCAGGACCGCAUAACAUCGGUCCUAAGAGAUCUGCAUUGGCUCCCAGUACGUUUCCAAGCACAAUUCAAAGUGUUGGUGCUGACCUUUAAAGCCCUAAAUGGCCUCAGUCCAGUAUACCUGAAGGAGCGUCUCCACCCCCAUCGUUCUGCCCGGACACUGAGAUCCGGCACCCAGGGCCUUCUGGCGGUUCCCUCCCUGCGAAAAGCAAAGCUCCAGGGAACCAGGCAGAGGGCCUUCUUGGUGGUGGCGCCCGCCCUGUGGAACGCCCUCCCACCAGAUGUGAAGGAAAUAAGUAGCUAUCUUCUUUUUAAAAGACAUCUGAAGGCAGCCCUGUUUAAGGAAGUUUUUAAUAUUUAAUGCUGUAUUGUUUUUAACACUUGAUUGGAAGCUGCCCAGAGUGGCUGGGGAAACUCAACCAGAUGGGUGGGGUAUAAAUAAUAAAUUAUUAUUAUUCCUAUCUGUGAAAUGGGAAUAUCAGUGGCGACCCUGAGUGAUGGGCAGGGAGGUGAGUCCAGCUGUCUGGACUCUACUGUAGGAACAUGUGUGUGUGUGUGUGUGUGUGUGUGUGUGCUUGGGGAGGGGAAUAUAAAGAAUUGUGCCUCUGAGCAUGUGCAGAGUGCCUAUUCGUCCACUGUGAAUUGCCAGGGCUUGGUUUUCAAAGCAGGUGGGAGUUCCGUUAUCCAAACAUCCAUCAUGGAUAUUAUUUGGGGUGGAGGGGUUGAUGCUCACAUCCGUCUUUUGACUAGAGUCGGGGGUGUUCAGAGCAGGAAGCAGAAGCCCCGCUUCUUUAUUUAUUUCAUAAUUUUUUACGCUGCUUGAUUGUUUUGAAAAAAUGGAGCGGUUUGCAAAAAGAAAAGAGAAGAAUAAAGAGAUAGAAUUAUCGGUAAGAAGGAUGAAUAACUAAGACUUUUUAAAAGUUUUAAAUACCCUUAGACUAAAGGCAGAUUGAAGCUCUCUUCUUUAAUAUAUAUAUAUACGUUUGUAUUAGUUUUUAAUAUAUUAAUUAUCAUUCAUACAACAAAACUUCUCAUCUUAUACAAUAAUUUUUGGACUUCCGUCAACACCUCUGAUGAUUUCCCAUUCUUAUCACUUAUUAUGCAUCUCUUAAUUUCAUAUUACCUUUAAUUAUCUUUAACUAAUAAUUCUCCUCAUUGUCUUUUUUGCAAUAUUUCAAAUAAUUCACCUUACAAAACUCAUUGCAAACCUACUAGCGUAAUCUGUUCAUCACAAUUCCUUUUCAAAUAGUCCAUAAAUUUACUCCAGUCUUCUGAGAAUCUCUGGUCCCACAGGUUUCGAAUUCGAAGCAGGUUGUCCCGCAGGUUUCGAAUUCAAAGCUCUCAUCAACCUCUGCAGGUUGUCUAAACAAAAAUGGGUUUAAGCAGGUGCUGACGGGAGUACAGUAAAGGCACCGCUGCUGUUAUUAUUGUUGUUGUUGUUUGUUUAUUAGCAUCCCGCUUAUCUGAGUGGGUUGCCCCAGCUGCUCUAGGCAGCUUGUUAUCAAGUGGCAGGGAGUUCCGAAGUGUAGGUUCCACCAGACGAAAAAGUGGAUUUUUUAGAAACAUGGAGCAGAUUUCGUGUGGCCCCUGUAACAGGGCCAGCUCUGCCGAUCCGAGGGGGUCGCAUGUGUGGGGGGGGGAGACGAUUUCGCGGGUGAACUGUUCCCAAGUUUAAAGUGCUUUAUACCUUGCCCCCUGUCCUUGCCCCCCGUAGUACCUGGGUCAUGCUGAAGUGGCGGAGUCUCGGGGAAUGCACGUUUGCGAAGAAGCCGUGAAGAAGCUGAAAGCGGUGAGUUGCUGGGGGGUCUUGCAGGGGGUGUGGGGCAGGGUCUGGUUUCUCUCCAGGAAACACAUGGGGAGGGGGCAGAGAAGAGGCCGGAGGGCAACCUGUGUGUGGAACAGGGCACUGGCUGCUCUGGUAGGACCUCUCUGCCCUGGGACGCGGAAUGGUGGAGUUGGGACCCCCAAAGGUCCUCUAGUCCAACCGCUUGCAAUGUGGCGGAAUGGCUCAUGUGUGUUUUGUGGGGGGUGGGGUGGGGUGGGUCGCUGACCUGGGAAGCAGGAGCUUUUGCGCCGAAAGGGUCCCAGCAGAUCUGUGAUGUUGCCUAACGGCGUUGCCAAAUGACUCAGCGUCACGAAGCAGAUGGUCAAAAGGGAAAUUAAAAAAAAACAGGGAGACAGGGAGAAUCUUUAAAAAUUAGCUUGGUGCAUGUUUAUAAUUUUUGCAAUUUGAAGGCUUCUAACUUGAAAGUGGGGCGCAGGUGGCGCUGUGGGUUAAACCACAGAGCCUAGGACUUGCCGAUCAGAAGGUCAGCGGUUCAAAUCCCUGUGACAGGGUGAGCUCCCGUUGCUCGGUCCCUGCUCCUGCCAACCUAGCAGUUCGAAAGCACGUCAAAGUGCAAGUAGAUAAAUAGGUACCACUCCGGCGGGAAGGUAAACGGCAUUUCUGUGCGCUGCUCUGGUUCGCCAGAAGUGGCUUAGUCAUGCUGGCCACAUGACCCGGAAGCUGUACACCGGCUCCCUCUGCCAAUAAAGCAAGAUGAGCGCCGCAACCCUAGAGUCGUCCACAACUGGACCUAAUGGUCAGGGGUCCCUUUACCUUUACCUAUAACUAGAAAGCAGAGUUUGCCCUCCUUGUCAUUCUGGACGGAGAGUUGGGCAGGGUUGGGGAGACUUCAAUGCCCUCAUUAAUUAGAAGGUUGAAUUUUGCUCUGAUUUUAUAUUUCUAUCCUACCUUUCCAGCAGCAAAUGUUGCGCUCAGAGUGGCUCCCGAUUAUCACAAAAGCAUUGAAAAAACAGCCAACAUUGCAAUCACUGUGCCAUCGAACACAAUAACAUAUAAAUCCAGCAAGCAGCAACCGAUUCAUUGAAAUGAUUUUUGCAAUUCAGUACAGUCUUAGUCAUUCAGAAAACCUCAAAAAUCAUUCAUCAAAAAGAUUAAUACAGAGCUAACGAAACCGGAGUCAGUUGAGCAGAUGAGCUUUAACCAUUUGCAUUAGUUAAAUCUUCCAAAAUGUAGAGGCAGGGACGCGUAGUGGUUAGUGUCAGACAAGGACCCGGGAGGCCAGGGUUCGAAUCCCCCACUCGGAAACUCACCUUGGGAGCCCAGUCCCUGCCUCUCAGACUAACCUUCCUUGCGUGGUUGUGGGGAUUAGAUGAGGAUGAAAAGGACCAUAGUAUUCUUGAAGAAGGGAGAGAGAGGUUGGGGGUUAUGGAGGCAGCCUGAGAGUGAUGGUGGUGCAAGGCCUCUGCUGCCCCCUGCAGCUUUUAAAAAGUAAUAACAAAGCAACAAGCAUUUUAAAAAAGUAAAGGUAAAGGACCCCUGACAGUUAAGUCCAGUUGCGGAUGACUCCGGGGUUGUGGCUCUCAUCUCACUUUACUGGCCGAGGGAGCCGGCGUUUGUCCGCAGACAGUUUUUCCGGGUCUUGUGGCCAGCAUGACUAAGCCGCUUCUGGCGAACCAGAGCAGCGCACGGAAACGCCGUUUACCUUCCCGCCGGAGCGGUACCUAUUUAUCUACUUGCACAGGUGUGCUUUUGAACUGCUAGGUUGGCAGGAGCAGGAAUCGAACAACGGGAGCUCACCCCGUCACAGGGAUUCGAACCGCCAACCUUCUGAUCGGCAAGCCCUAGGCUCAGUGGUUUAGACCACAGUGCCACCAGAGCCACAUUAAUAAGCAUUUUACUGUAUUUUAAUUUUUAAAAGUGGAGCAAAUUUUAAAUUGGGAGAUUUAAAUUGGGAGCAAUCAAGCCAACCGACUUCUUUUUAAACCCAGUGCUUUGUGUCUUUAUGCCUCCAUUCUGUUUCAAACCCUUUUCCUCUCCCUCUCUGACUCCCCCCAUAAAUGUACAGUGGUACCCUGAUUCCCAAACUUAAUCCAUUCCAGAAAUCCGUUCCAAAACCAAAGUGUUCCAAAACCAAGGCGCGCUUUCCCAUAGAAAGUACUGUAAUGCAAAACUGAUUAAUCCGUUCCAGACUUUUAAAAACAACCCCUAAAACAGCAAUUUAACAUUCUACCGAGACCAUUGAUCCAUAAAAUGAAAGCAAUUAUCAAUGUACUGUACUAUAAGACAGUAUUGUAGAUGAUAAAAAUUAAAAUUAAUUUUUUUCUUACCUGCACUGAUUUCCGCAGUCACACAAUCAAUCAACCAAUCAGGAACUGAACUGGGUUCCACACAGUCACAAAAACAAAUUGAUCAAAAAAGCUUCAAAAACAAAAACACAAAAUAAAUAGCAAAAACAAAAGCCCCAAACUUCAUCAGUUCUGGAAGUCCAUUUGACUUCUGAAAUGUCCAAAAUCCAAGGCACAGCUACUGAUUGGUGAGGUGCCCCAGAAACAAUAGCCAACAGUUGCAUCGGAUGUUCGGCUUCCGCAAAACGUUUGAAAACCGGAACGCUUAUUUCUGGGUUUUCGAAAUUUGAGAACCAAGGCAUUUGAGAACCAAGGUACCAGUGUAUACCCAAAGGGCCUUUUCACACUGUUCAGCUGGGGGGAAGGAGCUGUUUGCCACCCUGGGAUCAGAAGGACAGACAUGUUGAUGUGCAUCGCCCGUUCCCCAACAUCUGGUGCCCUCCAGAUGUUGCCAACCGCUCCUCCCUUUGGCCCUGACCUUCUGCCUUUGUGGGUGGGGGUAGACUGUGACCCCCGCUUGGGCGCAGUGGCCUGGUUGCAACAACCGGUGCCAUCUCCAAAAUCCAGGAGCGCAGAAGCAAAGAAAUUCAUUCUGUCCUCCCUUCUCCCUGAAAGAAAACCAGAGGGCCUAUGGGGCUGCAGCAAGGCUGGCAAAGUGAAAUUCUGUUAACAUUCCUGCCCUCCCUCUCAUUGCCCCCCUCCCAAUAGAGCGGCCGCAAAUCGGUGAAGUCUGUGCUUUGGGUCUCGGCGGAUGGCUUGAGAGUUGUGGACGACAAGACCAAGGUACAAAGUUACUGCGGCUCAGAGCGCCUGCUCUGGAUACGGACGGUUCUGGGUUCGAGUGAUGCUCUUUGUGGCUUCCCCGGAGAGCCACGGCGGAGCCCCGGAAGCUGCCUUCUGCUGGCCCGAGGGCUCCUUGCGCUCCAGCAUCAAAGCGGCGACAUGGAGGAGCUUUAGCCUCGGGGAACAGCAGCCUCUGGGCGUGCGCAGAGAGCAGCUUCCGCUCGCACGAUGCAAGCUCUCCCUUCCGCAGUGUCACGCCUGCCCUUUCCCUUUCUCCUCCCGCCAGGAUCUGAUUGUGGACCAGACGAUUGAGAAGGUCUCCUUCUGCGCCCCAGACCGCAACUUCGACAAGGCCUUUUCCUACAUCUGCCGGGACGGAACCACACGGCGCUGGAUCUGCCACUGCUUCCUGGCACUGAAGGACUCGGUGGGUGGCGCCAGGGGGGCACACGGACUUUGCAGACCCGUGCAUAUGGAGCUCUUAACCAUAGCUGUCAAUCGUCCCUUAUUUGGCGGGAAAGUCCCUUAUCCCAGCGCCGUGUCCCGCUGCUGCCCCUUAUUGAUGAUGUCCCUUAAAUUUCCCGGGUUUCAAAGGAAGCAGCUCCUCUCCCUCCCUCCCUGCUGGCCAGGGAGGAGGGAGGCUCCACCUGUGUUGCUUGGCUGCGUUGCUCACCCAAUAAGGAGUCUAAGAACAACUGAGGGGUGGAGCUUGCAUGCCUUGUGCUGAUCAAAUCAGCCGUGUUGCCUGGGGACUUGCCUUUGCUCAGCGCUUCCCAGCGGAGAGGUGACUGUGGUUUUCCUUGCUGCAUCCCCUUUGCCGGGUUGCUGCGCUGUGGGAACCACCGCUUGAGGCUUCGUUUGGUUGCUGGCUGGGCUUUCUGCCUUUGGCUGGGAGGGGCUUGGAAGUUGAACAUACCUGUGCUUGGAAAAAUCCCUUAUUUUGGCUGCUGGUCCCUUAUUUCCAAAUCUGUAAGUUGACAGCUAUGCUCUUAACGGUUUCUGAUUUUAUUGCAUUGGUACCCUAACUUUUCCUCCACGGGACUCAUGGUGUGGUUUGCCUUUGUUCUCGCUUCAUUAUGCAUUUUGUGUUCUCACUUUGCAUUUUUAGGUUGUGGUCCUUGGAUGAAGGGCGGAAUAUAAACUUAAUAAAUGAUAACAACAAUAAUAAUCACAGAAUCAUAGAAUUGGAGAUUUGGAAGGAACCGCAAGUGUUUUAAUGCAGCUCUCUGCAGCAGCAAUAAUGAAGAAAAUAAUAAUAAUAAUAAUAAUAAUAAUAAUGUAUAUGGUUCACUUCCUUCCUCAUUUAAUCCCCACAACAACCCCGUGAGGUAGGCCAGCCCAAGAGGCAGGGACCGGCCCCCAAGGUCACUCCAUGAGCUUUGUGGUUGGGUGCAGGGAUUCGAACCCUGAUCCCAGUCUGGUACUCUAACCACUGCACCACCGCUGCCACUCUCCCCCUGACCGGCACCACCAGAACCGUAGAUGCUGCUCUGGAUGUCCUCCUGCAACGGGCGAAGCCUCAAAAAUCACUUCACUGCCCCUUGGCACCCCCAAAGUACCUGCUGGCAACCCUAGAGCUGUGCGGAUGCCGUGGGGUCCCUUUCCCCUGUGAGACCCCUCUUGUCAUUGGGUGGAAAGGAUCAGGUAUAAAGCCUUUAACGCAGAGAGUCGCCAUCUCUCUCAUCCCAACCUACCUCACAGGGUUGUUGUAAGGAGGGGGACAAGUCUUCUUCAGCAAACGUCCCAUAAAUCUGCCUAGCCCUUUCUCAAAGCUGUCUUAAGUGAGUGGCUGCUGCGGCACCUUGUGGCAGGGAGUUCCGCAGGUUAUCCCCCGACCGGCGUUUGGCGUGGUGUGCAGGGCGCAGGGGCCCGCCUUCCUCCUCAGCCGGUGCGAGGGCCGCCCCCCCCGGCCUUCCCUCUGGGCUGCUCUGACAGCCUCGUCCGCCUCUCCCCCUUGCAGGGAGAGCGCCUGAGCCACGCCGUGGGAUGUGCCUUUGCCGCUUGCCUGGAGCGCAAGCAGAAGCGGGAGAAGGAGUGUGGCGUCACGGCCUCCUUCGACGCCACCCGCACCAGCUUCGCCCGCGAGGGCUCCUUCCGCCUGCCGGGACCCCCUGCCUCUGCCAGCCGACCCUCGGGAGCAAGGCCCCCGCAGGACAGGAAGAAAGGUAAAAACCCCGGACUUUGGGUGCAUCAUCUUCUCACACUGGCCAAAUACCCCAAAGAACCGAGGAAUCAAGAUAGACUGCCCCUGUAGCUGGAGCUUCCAUAAGAGUAUCAGACGAGCCUGGCUUGCUGGAUCAGGCCCAUUUCCCAUCGAAUCCAGCCUCCUGCUCCCACUGGCCAACCAGAUGCCCAUUAUGAGAAACAUUGUGAGCAGGAUUCGAACCCAUGGCCCUCUCCCCUCCUUUGGUUUCCAGCAAUUGGCAUUCAGAAGCAUUUAUUGCCUCCAACUGCAGAAGCAAGGCAGAGCCCUCAAUAGGCCUCUCCUCCCUGACUUUGUCCCAUCCUCUUUCAAAGGCAUCCCUGCCUACUGUGGCAGGGAGUUCCGCAGUUUGUGCGAAAAAGCCUUCUCUUUUAUCUGUCCAACCUACAGGCUCAUAGCACAAGUUCCAGUCUUAGGAGAUGUAGCGUUUCCAAAGCAAGGAAGGACUGGACUCUGAUUAAUAAAAUACACACGAGACUUGACCAGCAAGACUCUGGGAGGAGUGCGUUUAAUAAUAAUUCCUGUCCACCCCUCGGCCCAGGUCGUUUUAUUCACAAAAGAACUUUUUACACAGUGUUUGUAAGAACCAAUCAGAUUUCCUCUGAGCAUUUCAAAAAACCCCACGUGGGACAAAGUUAAAGUUAAAACUACAAAGAAACUAUUUCCUACUUGAGCAUGCAUAGUAAAGGUAAAGGUAAAGGGACCCCUGACCAUUAGGUCCAGUCGCAGAUGACUCUGGGGUUGUGGCGCUCAUCUCGCUUUACUGGCCGAGGGAGCCGGCAUACAGCUUCCGGGCCAUGCGGCCAGCAUGACGAAGCCGCUUCUGGCGAACCAGAGCAGCGCACGGAAACGCCGUUUACCUUCCCGCCAGAGCGGUACCUAUUUAUCUACUUGCACUUUGACGUGCUUUCGAACUGCUAGGUUGGCAGGAGCUGGGACCGAGCAACGGGAGCUCACCCCGUCACAGGGAUUUGAACCGCCGACCUUCUGAUCGGCAAGUCCUAGGCUCUGUGGUUUAACCCACAGCGCCACCCGCAUGCAUAGUAGUUCAAAAUAAAUAAAAUAGGAAUUGAGGAGGAAUGCUUUUAGGAAACCCCGGAAGUCAUAAACAGCAGUAAACAAGAGAGGAACGAUGGCAGUAUUUACCAUCUCCUUGUGAACUCUCUUCCUGGCCCUUAAGAUCUAUCUAUAGAUUAAACUACAUCAAAGCGACCUUCUAUCUUUAUGACCCAGGAUGCCUGGUGAAGCAACUGGCCUGUGUUUUUUGAAUGCUUAUACAGUGGUACCUCGGGUUAAGUACUUAAUUCGUUCCAGAGGUCCGUACUUAACCUGAAACUGUUCUCAACCUGAAGCACCACUUUAGCUAAUGGGGCCUCCUGCUGCCGCCUCGCUGCCGGAGCACAAUUUCUGUUCUUAUCCUGAAGCAAAGUUCUUAACCUGAGGUAAUAUUUCUGGGUCAGCGGAGUCUGUAACCUGAAGCGUAUGUAACCUGAAGUGUAUGUAACCUGAGGUACCACUGUACGUGCCUGUCAGGCGUAGAGAAAGCAAAUGGCAGAGGUGUGCAGAGGCUUGUGGGAUUCGAUCAGAAAUUAUUGUCAAGGAAUCAAGCUCAGUCAACGUGAUGCUUUCAUCGCGGACACAACGGCUCGCUCCAUGUUUCAUAAUUCCUCAUAGCAAUCCCACCUGACCCCCACACUCUGGAUAUUUGCACCCCUACAAAAAGGAGAAUAAAAAACUGUCCGCUUUCUCCUUUCCAUACAUAAAUCGUAUAAAGGCGACCCCUUCCCCAACACCCCAAAAUGUGGGCACUUCAGGGGGGCAGGGGAAGGAGGUGCAACCAGGGAAAGCUGGGCCAAGACUCCUUAGCAAGAGAAGCAUGAGGUCCUGGGUUCAGGGACUCCUCUAAAUCUUUGCUUUCUCCCCCUUCAGCCGAAGCAGCGACCGUUCCUGCGCCCCCCUCCCCAGCUCCCGCCCAGCCGGGCAGCGCCUCCCCUCCACAGGGGGCCACGUCGCCGGAGGAGAAGGCCGAGGUGGGGGGCGCCCACGCCAUCCCACGCCGCCAUGCGCCCCUGGAGCAGCUGGUGCGCCAGGGCUCCUUCCGGGGCUUCCCCACCCUCAGCCAGAAGAACUCUCCAUUCAAGAGGCAACUCUCCUUGCGGCUAAACGAGCUGCCCUCCACCUUGCAGCGCAGGGGGGACACGGGUGAGGAAUGGGGGGGCAGAGGGAGGUGAAGCGUGGGGGGCGCGCUUCGAGAGACCCUUUGGGUGCAUGGCUGUCAUUCCAUGGAGGUUUUCAAACGUGCUUCCUCAAUGGAGCUUCCACAUGCCAUGGCAGUCUACCUUCUGAUUACCCUGGCGGGAUAAACCAUGCCAGGAGCGGGUAUAAAAGACUUGUAAUAAUAAUAAUAAAAAUAAUAAUAAUAAUAAUAACCAGCCACUCUGGGCGGCUUCCAACAGAAUAUUAAAAUACAAUAACCUAUUAAACAUUAAAAACUUCCCUGAACAGGGCUGCCUUCAGAUGUCUUCUAAAAGUCUGGUACUUGUUGUUCUCUUUGACAUCUGGUGGGAGGACGUUCCACAGGGCGGGUGCCACCACCAAGAAAGCCCUCUGCCUGGUUCCCUGUAACUUGGCUUCUCGCAAUGAGGGAACCGCCAGAAGGCCCUCGGCGCUGGACCUCAGUGUCCGGGUAGAACGAUGGGGGUGGAGAUGCUUCUUCAGGUAUACUGGACCGAGGCCGUUUAGGUUUUUUGUUUCAUUUUUGGAAAUCUUUUCUGUUUCAUUUCACGCCAUAUAUAGAGCAAGAGGGAACCGUUAUAACGACAGGUGAAACUUAGCCGUACCCCUUUGUGAUUUGGGGUAUAUUACUUGCAAGAUUCAUGAUAGAUAAACAUAUUUUUUUUUUGUUUUAAAAAGAGAGAGAAAAAUAAAAGAUGGGGAAAAAUCCAAACUAUAAAAUAGGCACGUAAACUGUGUGCGGCUGCUCGGGGGUUAAAAUAAAGUCCAGGUUGUGAAAGACAAAAGCAAGAAUAAAUGUCUUCCGAUGAAGAAUAUCGGUGCUAUGGGGUCAUUCAGUCUAGUUCCCAAUUUGCCAGGCUUUUGAGAAGGAUUGGCUUGGAAAUGGUGCUUCCUUGUAUGUGUAUAAUAAGGGAAAUGCAAAUAAUAUAAAAAGUACCUGAAGGUUCUAGUCCCUGUCGAAAUCUCAAAGAAUGCUUAAUUUUCUCUAAUCCAAAGCGAGUGGGCCUAAAUGUCCAGCAUUUUCCAGAGAGCUCCAAUGACUAUCUGAACUGCCUGUGUCACACAUAAGACCAGCGGUCAGCAAACUUUUCCAGCAGGGGGCCGGUCCACUGUCCCUCAGACCUUGUGGGGGGCCGGACUAUAUUUUGGAAAAAAUAAUAAGGAAUGAAUUCCUAUGCCCCACAAAUAACCCAGAGAUGCGUUUUAAAUAAAAGGACACAUUCUACUCAUGUAAAAACACGCUGAUUCCCGAACCGUCCCCGGGCCGGACUGAGAAGGUGACUGGGCCACAUCUGGGCCCCGGGCCUUAGCUUGCCUACCAUGCAUAAGACCAAUUCUUUUGACAAUAGGUAAAGGGUAAAGGGACCCCUGACCAUUAGGUCCAGUCGUGGCCGACUCUGGGGUUGCGGCGCUCAUCUCGCUUUAUUGGCCGAGGGAGCCGGCGUACAGCUUCCGGGUCAUGUGGCCAGCAUGACUAAGCCGCUUCUGGCGAACCAGAGCAGCGCACAGAAACGCCGUUUACCUUCCUGCUGGAGUGGUACCUAUUUAUCUACUUGCACUUUGAUGUGCUUUCGAACUGCUAGGUUGGCAGGAGCAGGGACCGAGAAACGGGAGCUCACCCCGUCGCGGGAAUUCGAACCGCCGACCUUCUGAUCAGCAAGUCCUAGGCUCAGUGGUUUAGACCACAGUGCCACCCGCAUCCCAUAUUUUGACAAUACAUCUCCAUUAAUUAAUGCAACAACAAAUAAUAAUAAUAAUAAUAAUAUUUAGCAGCAUUUCUCAUUUAUUCUUGCUAUCUUUCUGCUGGCAGGUGAAGUCCUUUUUAUUCCGACAGGGAUUUAGGAACUGCCUGUUUUUUUAAGGAAAGGGUGCUGAGAUGUUUUUAUCGCUCUCAUAAUCUGCAUUUUUAACAGAUAAUUAAAAUUUAUAUUGUUUUAAUUCUGUUAGUUUUCAAUUACUUUUUAAAGGUGAUCUAUGUUUUCAGCUUUUUCUAUCUUUCUAUCCUGUAAGCUGUCUUGGCAAAAUAAAAAGCGGGUAUGAAUUUGCUUUUUUUAUUUCAUAAAAGGUAUGCACUGCUUGAUGGUAGAAAAACAACCCCAGCACGGUUUACAAAAAGCGAUUAUCAAUUUGAAUUUUUUUUCUGACAGCCGUAAUUAAAAACAUACAAAAAGUUAGGACUUAAAACAUGCAUCAAACAUCUAAGUAAGGCUUGUGGGGAGACUGAGGUCCAGGGGUUGUGCGUAUUGUUGGGGGGGCCUCUUGAUAGGGAUGCUAGUUGGGAAACAUGGGGUGCAAGCUGCUUUUGGGGGGACAGGCCCUUCUGAAAUCCCUCCUCUCUCCCGCCAGUCAUUGAGCUCGACUCGACACCCAACGGCGACUCCGACAGCAUCACUGCCCUCUGCAGCCAGAUCGACUCCUCGCUCACCCAGCCGGCCGGGGAGGCCCCCAAUGGCACCCCACUUAACGGCACCCCUGGACCCACGGCAGCCGCAGUGCCCAUGGAAGGGGGCAGCACAGGUAUGUUGCCUCCGCCCCUCCCCAGAAAGGCCUAUGCCCCACAGAUGAUGAUAAUAAUAAUAAUAAUAAUAAAAUUUAUUAUUUAUACCCCGCCCAUCUGGCUGGGCUUCCCCAGCCACUCUGGGUGGCUUCCUACAAAAUAUUAAAAUACAGUCAUACCUCGAGUUGAAUGCGCUUUGGGUUGAGCGCCUUCGAGUUGCGCUCUGCGGCAACCCGGAAGUAACGUAGUGCGUUACUUCCGGAUUUCGCCGCAUGCGCAGACACUCAAAAUGACGGCAUGCGCGGUAGCGGCGAAACGCGACCCGCGCAUGCACCAUCGUGUCUUGUGUUCUGUUUGGGAUGCGAACGGGGCUCCGGAACAGAUCCCGUUCGCAUCCCGAGGUACCACUGUACCGUAAUACAUCAAACAUUAAAAGCUUCCCUCAACGGGGCUGCCUUCAGAUGUCUUCUAAAGUCUGGGAGUUGUUUUUCUCUUUGACAUCUGGUGGGAGGGCGUUCCACAGGGCGGGUGCCACCACCAAGAAGGCCCUCUGUCUGGUUCCCUGUAACUUGGCUUCUCGCAGGGAGGGAACUGCCAGAAGGCCCUUGGCACUGGACCUCAGUGUCUGGGUAGAACAGCUGGGAGGUGCAAAACCUGGCUUGACUAGCAGCGCGGGGUUUUAAUAUAGACCACAAGCCAACCGUGAGAUGCAGCUGCAAAAAAGGCGAAUGCUAUUCCAGCCUGCAUCCACAGAAGUUGAGUGUCCUGAUCAAGGGAAGUCAUAGUCCUGCUCUCUUCUGCCUUGGUUCAGACCAUACCUGGAAUACUGUGUCCUUUUCUGGGCACCACAAUUUAAGGAUAUUGAGAAGCUGGAAGGUGUGCAGAGGAGGGCAAAUGAGAUGGUCAAGGGCUGGGAAACGAAGCCUGGUGAGGAACGGUUGAAGGAGCUGAGCCUGGGAAAGAGAAGAUAUGAAAGCCAUCUUCAAAUAUCUCAAGGGCUGUCAGACGGAAGAGGGAACAAACUUCUUUUCUCCCACUUUGGGGAAGAGAAGGACCCUAUCCUCUGGCUUCAAGGUGCAAGAAAGUAUUGCAGAUAUUAAUAGUUUGCAGCACAGAUGCAUAAAAACUGACUCCUUUGGGGAUGUAACAUUGUCCAAACCCAGCGAUAGGCAAACUCCGGCCCUCCAGAUGUUUGGGACUACAAUUCCCAUCAUCCCUAGCUAACAGGACCAGUGGCCAGGGAUGAUGGGAAAUGUAGUCCCAAACAUCUGGAGGGCUGGAGUUUGCCUAUGCCUGGCCCAGACCCAUACAGUUUGACUACUGUAAUUCGCUCUACGCGGGGCUGCCCUUGAAGCUGUCCCAGAAACUCCAGCGGGUGCAGAAUGCUGCAGCGAGGCUCCUCAUGGGGUCUCUGCCAUGGGAGCAUAGUCACCCAGUGCUUUUCCAGCUGCACUGGCUCCUGGUGGAGUACAGCGUCAGGUUCAAGGUGCUGGUUUUGACCUUUACAGCCCUUCACGGCCUAGGACCCUCGUACCUACGGGACCGCCUCUCCCGGUAUGCCCCACGGAGAGCCUCAAGGUCCAUAAACAGCAACACCCUAGAGGUCCCAGACCCUAAAGAAGUCAGAUUAGCCUCAACCAGAGCCAGGGCCUUUUCAACACUGGCCCCGGCCUGGUGGAACACUCUGCCUCAUGAGACCAGGGCCCUGCAGGAUCUGAUUUCUUUCCCCAAGGCCUGUAAGACAGAGUUGUUCCGCCUGGCCUUUGGCUUAGAAUCAGUUUGAUUCCCUCCCCCUCUUUCUUUUCCCUUCUCCUCCUGUGAUGAGGCUGCAUUUUAAUAUUUUAAUGUUUCAGUAUUUUAAUGUUGUACAGUGGUGCCCCGCAAGACGAAUGCCUCGCAAGACGGAAAAACCGCUAGACGAAAGGGUUUUCCGUUUUGAAGUUGCUUCGCAGGACGAAUUCCCCUAUGGGCUUGCUUCGCAAGACGAAAAUACCUUGCGAGUCCUGAGAUUUUUUUUUUGCUUUUCCCCCCCUUUAUCUAAUCUGCUAAGCCUUUAAUAGCCUUUAAUAGCCUUUUAGCAGCUAAUCCCCUAAGCCUUUAAGCCUUUAAUAGCCGCUAAACAGCUGAUAGCGCUAUUAGCGCUAAUCCGUCAAUGGGCUUGCUUCGCAAGACGAAAAAACCGCUAGACGAAGACUCUUGCGGAACGGAUUAAUUUCGUCUUGCGAGGCACCACUGUAUUUUAAUCUUGUUUUUAAGUUGUAUUCAUUCAAUUUGUUUUUAUUAUUGCUUGUUAGCCGCCCUAAGCCCGGCCUUGGCUGGGGAGGGCGGGGUACAGUGGUGCCCCGCAAGACGAAUGCCUCGCAAGACGGAAAACCCGCUAGACGAAAGGGUUUUCCGUUUUGGAGGUGCUUCGCAAAACGAAUUUCCUGUGUGCUUGCUUCGCAAGACGAAAAUGUCUUGCGAGUUCCUGCGGGGUUUUUUCCUUUCCCCCCCCUUUUUCCCAAGCCGCUAAACCGCUUAUCAGCUGAAGGGCUAAGCCGCUUAUCAGCUGUUCGCUAAGCCGCUUAUCAGCUGUUCGCUAAGCCGCUUAUCAGCUGAUCUGAUAAGCCCGCUAAACCGCUAAUGGGCUUGCUUCGCAAGACGAAAAAACCAGCAAGACGAAGAGACUCGUGGAACAGAUUCUUUUCGUCUUGCGAGGCACCACUGUAUAAAUAAAAAUUAUUAUUAUUAUUAUUAUUAUUAUUAUUAUUAAUAUUAAAACUUUACUUGCAGAACUUUCUUCAAAACUGCGCGACAACAUCAAAGAUACAUCCAGUUAAUUCCAUUAGAGAGAGGCAUAGGCUCAGCUUCUUCUUAGAAGUAUUGCAUAGUUCCAAACAGACUUGGAAUCAAAGUUCUUUCUCUCUCUCCUCACAGCUGUCAAUAGCCUAUAGCUGUUUUCUUUUCUUCCCGGAGAGUCGUUUAUUCUUCCUUCCUUCCACGCUGGCUGGGAACGGAAGACUAACCCAGGGCUUCCGAAACUUGGGUGUCCUGCUGUUUCCAGACUACAAUUCCCAUCAUCCCUGACCGGAGAUCUUGCUAGCUAGGGAUGAUGGGAGUUGUAGUCCAAAAACAGCUAGACGCUCAACUUUAGGAAAAACGCUGGACUAAAGGCAGUCCCUUUUCAAAAUGGAGAUUUGCAACCAAAUAGCUUUUCUCACAUGUCCAAAGGCACUCACUCUGUUUGAGAGCGGAGAAUAUCUGACAGCUAAUUAUGCACCAGCUAAACUCCGGUGGGAUUUCCCCAGAGUUAGCAACACACAAGCCAGGCGGUCUCCAGUUCAGUGUCAAUACCACGCUUGGCAGAAAGGAGAGGGGCGACCGAACAUUCAAUUUCCUUGGAGCUUUUACAGCGGAGAUUGGGUGGUCAUAAUAAUAAUAAUAAUAAUAAUAAUAAUAAAUAAUAAAUAAUAUUUUUUAUUAUUAUUAUUAUUAUUAUUAUUAUUAUUAUUUAUGUAUACCCCACCCUCCCCAGCCCAAGACCGGGCUCAGGGCGGCUAACAACCAAUAAUAAAAACGAGUUGAAUGAAUACAACUUAAAAACAAGAUUAAAAUACAACAUAAAAACAUUAAACUGCAACCUCAUCACAGAAGGAGAAAGGAAAAAAGAAAGAGAGGGAGGGAGGGAAUCAAAUUGGCUCCAAGCCAAAGGCCAGGCGGAAGAACUCUGUUUUACAGGCCCUGCGGAAAGAAAUCAGAUCCUGCAGGGCCCUGGUCUCAUGAGGCAGAGCGUUCCACCAGGUCGGAGCCAUCACUGAAAAGGCCCUGGCUCUGGUUGAGGCUAAUCUGACUUCCUUAGGGCCCGGGACCUCUAGGGUGUUGCUAUUUAUGGACUUUAAGGUCCUCCAUGGGGUAUACCAGGAGAGGCGGUCCCGUAGGUACGUGGGUCCUAGGCUGUGAAGGGCUUUAAAGGUCAAAACCAGCACAUCUGGAGAUUCUUGCCUAACAGGGGGUUGGACUAGAUGACCCCUGGGCGCCCCCCCAGCCCUACGACUCCUCCUCUCCCGUCCUCCUGGACUGAGCUGCUUUUCUCUUCUCCCUCUUGUCCUCUGCAGGUCCCUCGGCCGGAGCCCCCGUCACCCCCCCGUUCCAGCCGGGCCACAAGCGGACGCCCUCAGAAGCUGAGCGCUGGCUGCAGGAAGUGGCCAAGGCCGCGAAGGCCCAACAACAACAGCAGCAGCAGCAGCAGCAGGUGCCCGUGGCGCUGCCCGCCUUCCCCCUGAGCUACGACGUGGGGCCCCCGCCCCUGGGCAUGUUUGUGCCGCCCCCUUCUCAAAUGCUGCCGGCUUUCCUCCCCAUGGGCAUGCAGUACCCCCCGGGGAUGCCCUACGCCGCCGCCGCCGCCGCGCCCAGCUUGCCCGUGGUGGGCAUCACCCCCUCCCAGAUGGUGGCCAAUGCCUUCUGUUCCGCCACACAGGCGCCUGCCGCAAACUUGGGGGCCAAAGCCAGCCCCUUUCCGCAGAACCUGCUUGGCCCGGCCCGGCCCAGGCCCAACGGCGGCUCCUGGCCCCCCGAGCAGAGCCUGCCGGCGCCCCCCGCCCCCCGCCAGGAGCCCCCCACAGACCCCUUUGAAGCACAGUGGGCGGCGCUGGAGUCCCGGGCUCCUUCCGCAACCCCCAACCCCUUCUCCGGCGACCAGCAGAAAACCUUCGAGAUCGAGCUGUGA